AUGAGUUCUGACCGAGAGGAGUAUGACAUGGUCUGUCAGAAAGCUGUGACCCUAAUUGUUGACCUCUGCCUGCACAACAGCACUCUGCUGGAUCAGGACACCUGUCAGGACUACCUCUUCCUGCUGUCCAGCCAGAGCUCUGACCACAAAGAACCGGGUAAGGACUGUAAUUAACUCCUGAUCUCUCCUGGGUGACAGCAGUUGUUGCUUUACGAGCCUCUGAGCUCUUCUAUUCUUCAGAGAGGACCUCGUUUUAAAGGAUCUCGCUCUUUUCUCCGAUGCUGAAACCUCCUGCUAUGUUUAUUUCUCUCUUUUCUGUCCUUUAACAUGUGGUUGAACUUCUUUUUUCUCGCGUUUACCACGCGUUCGAUCUCAGAUGGUCGCUCGGACACAUCUUCAACCGAGCCAUUAAUACACCCUUAAUGAGUUUUUGUGACCCCGGGGCAGCAGGGAGCCAAAGGUAUAUAAAACAAACUCACAUUGACUCCAGAGAGCAGAGCUUCUACUCCGUUUAUAGAUAAGCCUGGGAGGCUGACUAAUGCCAGCUGAUGCUGUCCUGGCCACUCAGGCUUACACAGAGGAGAGAUAAGAGACAAACCGUUGCAGGAUUAUUUGCUUCUCUGCUUUAGGUCGAAAAAGAAAUAUCGAAACGUGAGGAAAAGUUAGCGCAAUGCUGUGUUUUUAAUCUGCUCGGCGAAGUUUCCCGGGUACGAUUUGUGACUUAUUCAUGAGGGAUGAUUUACACAUCUGUUGCAGCCUUGUACAUCUGUUGCUUUGGCACUUGUAGCGUGAGCCGUCCUCUUUAAAGGGAAUAAUGUACGCCCCCCCCUCUCUCUUCAGAUGCUUUGUAAAAGAAGCAGCUGUACUCUAUACGUACUGGCAGACUCGAUGUGCUUUGAGUGGAUUCGAAAACAAAUCAUCUGGAUUUCGUAACAGGAGAAACUCGAGUGCAUGAAUGUAGAAAUACAAUGCAGAUAACAUUACACAAGGAAAUGCCUGAGGGUUGUGUGAAGAAUUGAAGCUUUUGUAGAUGUGGAAACGCAGGCUUUCCUGAGCUCCGUGUAUAAUUCGAAAAAGAAAAAAACACUUUAUUUUUAUCUGGAAAAAUUGGAUUUAGCAAAGCAAUACGGUGAGUAAAUCAGGACAUCUGAUUUCAUACCAUAUUCAUGAUCUGUUGCAUAAUAGAUAAUCAUAUCCAUCUUCUAAUCUUAUGCUAAUGGAGCUAAUUUUGAUUUUUCUUCUUCUUCCACUUCCUUUCGACUCUCUGUUUUUAAGGAGUAUUCAGUCUUUUGUUUCGGUCCGAUGGUCCACAGGAAAGAUGAAAUAUUAUCAGCGGCUAUGCUCCUGUUCACAGAGUGCACGUCACACCAAUCCUGACCAAAUCCACUGUCACCUCACAUCAUUCUCAGCUGAGGAAUUGAACGCACACCGCAGUGCCACUGGCUUCCACUACUGAGCUGUGGGGACAUUAAAUGCCAUCGCAUGUUACGCAGUCAUUGAUGUGAAUUACUUCUGCCACAUGGAAGCUGAAGACAAGCUGCUUCACAUAAUGUUGGAGGAUGUGGUUGAAGCGUCUCCUCUUAUAUGUUUAAGAGGUAAACUGCAGAGAUCCCACUGAGAGAGGAACAUGAACACAGUAGAACAUGGAUUCAGACGCAGCCUGUGUGAUAGAAUAACCUCUUCAUUUCUUUAUACAAAGGUUAAAUCCAUCUUGUUUAAUCUUCUCAAUAAUAACAUGGUUAAAAUUAUGAAUCUGUGUUUUUAUUGGUCAAAAUAUCUGGAACAAUCUUCCUUAAAAUGGAUCGACUGCUAACCGUGAUUUGUGUACAGGAUCUAAGAUAGCGCCCCCUCAUUUAGAGAGGUACUCUGCACAUUUUCGUAGGAUACAGAGUUUUAAUUUCGUUGAUAAUUUAGGUCACGCCGACAGGUUUUGUUUGAAUCUGGUGUUUAUAAAAGUCACACAGUCAAGCAGCGUUCCAGUUGUACCCAGAAGUCUAAAUUUCUGAGCUCCGAGUCUGAAAUUCGUCUGGAACGCCCCCCUGAAGUCGGAUUUCCCAACGUCUAACUGUGAACACGGUGCUAUGAUGUUUGUAAGAGUAAAAUACUGUGUUAAGCGUUGUUUACAACUGGUGUCACUAACAAAAAUUAACAAUGGCUAACAACGGGUAAUUGUAGGCGUCCAUCUUGGUUUUCUGACUUGUUAACUGGAACGCCAUCAACUCGGGUUUAACGUCAUUCCCAGCUCCGACAUCAAACUUCCGAGGUAACUGAAACGCAGCAUCAGUCCACGUCCGGAAAGUCAGUCCAGGAGCUUGGAGUUUAAAUUCCACCUAGUUUGGUUUACCUAAUGACAACUAUGAGGACUUGGACUUGGACUUGGACACAGGACUUGACUUAAACUCCUCUCUGGUAACAGGGAUUUGGUCAAGACUCAAACACCGAGGACUUGAGAUUUGGUGAUUUAUGUCCUUAACCCAACAUUGGUACUGGUCCUGGUACUGGCAUUGUCAAGAAAGAUUAGAGCUCCCCCUACUGGCUGGCUGCAGUAAUGAUCAUAAACCCCGCCUCCUUGAUUUUAAGAGACGGUACAGAGGUCAAAGAUGUCAAAUGAUUUUCUCUUAGUCAUGUUAUGUUGUUCAAAAAGUCAGUCCAGGAGCUUGGAGUUGAAAAGCCACCUUGUUUGUAUCACACAGUAACAUCCAUGAGGACUCGACUUGGACUUGGACACGAGACUCAAGACUCGACUUAAAUACCUCUUUGAUAACUGGGACUCAAACAUUGAGGACUUGAGAUCUGGUUGGUACUGGUCCUGGUACUAGCAUUGUCAAGAAAAAUUAGAGCUCCCACUACUGGCUGGUUGCAGUAUUGACCAUAAACCCCGCCUCCUUGAUUUUAAGAGACGGUACAGAGUUCAAAGAUGUCAAAUGAUUUUCUCUCAGUCAUAGUUUCUGUCAGUUAAGUACGUUCCUAUCCUGAUUUAUGUAGGGUGACCAUAUGUCCUCUUUUACCCGAACAUGUCCUCUUUUUUGGGGCUGUCCAGCCUUGUCCAGGGAAGUUUAUAAAAUCCAUUAAAUGUCUGUGGUUUUGUGCAGAAGUUUGAAGUUUGUGUCACAUGGACUCACUGAGUUAGAAGCGCAUAAAAGACACUCGAUCCAACCUGAAAAACUCUCAAAAUUAACUUUGUGCGACUCCUUGACUCCGCCCCCGUAUAGUCAUGUCCUCUUUUUUGGGAAGUCAGAAUAUGGUCACCCUAGAUUUAUGUCGCGUAAGAAUUUAAGUUUGGAUUCAAUAUUUUAAGAAAGCUGAUGAUUGACAGCUCUGUUAACCAAUCAGGGCUGGAUUAGUAAAGUAGAGAAGGAAUAAUGAGAGAAAAAUAAAGACUAACACAAGAGUUUUCAAACUUUGUGUCUUCUUCAAACAAUCAAUCCUUUAAGUCAGCGCCUUCCUACAAAAAAAGAAAAAUACUCAAAUCGAACUUUAAUAUGAGCGUUUCAAUACUGUCUUCAUUUUUAUACAGACCCAGUGUGCCUCAUCUUUCAAGUUCCUCAAUAUGUGGGAUUGUCCAAAAACACUUUCGGGGGUUUACUUCAAUGGAGCCUCCGUUGCUCCCGCUCUUAUCUGGAUUCUUUCACAUAUUGGGAAAUUUUCAAUUUUCUCUCUGCGUCAUCCGAGCUUUUACAGGGAUUUGAGAGAGCGAUAUUCAACGCUUUAAUCGCCUCGUUUUCUCCUCUGUGACGGCGCUAAAACGCACACAGCUGUUGGAAUAUAUCUGCUGCUAUCAAGCUCACAGCAGCAGAGUCAUUUUACCAGAGCAAAUCUCUCUGAGAACUCCCCGCUGCUGGCUGAGUAUCCCCUCACCCGGGCUCGAAUCGAUUAUGAUAAAAUAAGAACGACUAAUUAGAAAGCCUGGGACUCCAAUUCCCCUGUCCUGAUGCGGCUGAGAGAUAAUAAGCCGCCGUCUUUAUCAACCAAUUUGUUGAAUCUUGAGCCGGCUGAUUGUAUUCCAAUCAAAGCUCGGCGUGUCAUGGCGGCGGACCCACCUGCUGUGCGUGUGAAAGGAAACACAAGGUUUUUAUUUUUUUACUGAGAUAAAUAGGAGCUCACAUUGGCGGCGCUCGCUCUGAUGAGCGAAGGUUUCCCAGUGAUCAGCCGCCUGCCUCAGAUAUUGAUAUUCACUCCUGAGCCGUGGUAGAGGUUACAAAACCCCUAAGCCUACGGAGGCUCUGAACUGGCAGGAUACACUUUACACCCCCAUCCUCCAAACACACACACACAGACACACACGGACGUGAACUCACCCUCAUUACCGAUUCCUCUUUCAUUAUCAGCUGCAGCUUCAGGUGUGUGGGCCUGAAUUGACGAGGCUUAUUUUUGAUCACAUUAUUUCUCGCACGCCCAUCUCAUCUUGAGGUUUAUUAAACAAGACCUUGGCUGGCAGAGGACGUCAGCGUCAGCAGAUCAUUCAUUCGGUUCCCACACGGUCUGCUCCUUUUACAGUCCGUGGUAUUCGCGGGGACGGCUGCUGCAAUGCAGGUUGAAUCCCAAACAGGAAAACAAGAACAUCAAAUUAACUGCACUGUGGAGAUUAGAACCAAUGGGUCUUUCAAUAAUUCAUACUCACCGUCUCUGCUUUUUAUUGAUACAACAUUUCACUGUAGACCACAAAGGAACGCUGGAGACACUUUGUGUUCCUGUUGCGAGAGAUAACACCAGGAAAAUGUCUGUCUCAGCUGUCAGAGAAGGACCAAAUGCCACUUCUUAAAGGCCUGUGCCUUUAUUGCCGUAAUCGCUGGAAUAAUUAAACCCUUUUUGGUUCUUUUAUACAGGACUCAUCAAGCAAAAGUAGGUAGUUAAAUCGUUCGUAGAUACAGCUUUGGGAAGGUUAAAAGCACCUGGAAAUCCAGAGAUGUAUCCAUCAAGGUUCACCGAGAGUCUCAAUGAGGUUUCUGCGAACAUCUGAAUGGAGAUAAUCUCUUAUAAGUCCGGGUAAACCUCUAAACUGCAAAUAAGAUUUUGAAGGAUUGUCGUUGGAAAGUGAAAAGUGGUGUACUACUGCACUAAAUAUAUGUUAUGUUAUUCUUCAGCCGCCUGAAAACGCUCAUUUCUUCUACCUGAAUGUUGCUUUAGUAUCCACUACCUCUCUACUCCAGGAUAUUUCCCCGAGGACUGAGGACUUUAGGAGGUACUCAGUGCUUCCCCGCUGCAGGGACCGUGGACUAAAUAAACUUCUUGGACUCUUCCCUCUGAUGUGAAAAGUUCCACUAUGAGCAGGAAAGUGCCGGGACCUUGCAGCGUACAGAAGACUCUUUCACACGUACGCGGACUAAUUCAAUUAAAUUUAAUUAAUUUGAUUAUAUCUCGAGACCUCUGAGGACAUGCAGGCGAUAAUCAGCUGGAUAGAGUUUGGCUUAGCCGACAAGGCGUGGACAGGAAGCUUCCCUCAUCGCAGCCGUUGCAAGUUGGAUUCCUCCUCCAAUAUGUGCUUCCCUCUCCCUCAGCCGUCCCUUCUAAUGAAGUCAAAUAAGCCCCAAAAUGAUCUUCUCUAACUCCUGGAUACUUGUGGUAGAAAUGCAGUUAGACUUCGAGGAUGAAAUAUACUUAUUUAUUCUCACAUCCUUGUAUCACAGCUGCCAAAUUAUCAAUAUUUGGAAUUGCAGUUAGUUUCAGAAUAACAAUACUUUAGCAUUUUUAAUUUUGAAACUGGUGUCAGCCUAAUAAACAAUCCUACUUUUACACUUUCCAUAUUGACAGAAUUCACAAUAAAAUUAUACAUCUUACUGUCAAAGGCAACAAGGUCGGUGUAUUAUCCAUCCAUUCAAUUAUUCCAUUCAAUCUAGUAAACGAAAAAAACAAGUCAAUAUUUUGUUUAUUUGUUUUUCUAUAUAACCAAAAAAUAAAAGAUUAGUGUUUGUUUUAUAUAUAAUAGAGUUUUUGUAUAAUAGAGAUGGAUUUAUUGGAUUUUUGAAUAUCGUACAUUACAGGUAAACAUGUGGCAAAUGUUGUAUAUGUUGUAAACAUUGACUUGUAUGCAGACAGUAAACAAAUAACUAUAUUAUACAAUGUUUAAACUCCAGGAAAGAGAGAAAGAAAAAUAACAACAUGGUAGCAAUGACAGCAAAAAACAAAAAUGAAAAGGGCGAUACAAGAACAAUCGAACAAAAGAUAAAACAGGACAGCACGACAGUAAAAUACUUUAAAAUAAAUAAAUAGAUUAUAUAUGUACAUAUUUUUAAAAAGGGAAGAAAGAAAAACAAACAAACAAAAAAAACAUAACAUAGUAAAUGUUACAAGGUUGUUGUUUUUUCUACCUGAGGACGAGUCAAAAUUAAUGCAAACUAAAAAUUCCUAAUAGGAGCUUUAAGUUGACAUGCUUUGAAUUCAAAUGAACAGUUUGUGUUUGGAGAUGACUGUUCGGACAUGGACACGCAUUACAAAUUCGUGUACAUGGUGUACAAAUCUAAGAGUAUGGAUUUUUGCAAACUAAACGAACUGGUUUUCUUGGCCUGGCUCCCCGGAGACUUCUGUAUUUUUCCAAUUAGGUUUCUAAUUUCUUAUUCCUUUCAGAUUCCCCCCUUCAAGAUAUACAAGAUCCUCUUACAUAGUUACAAGGCUAUUGUUGGUGUUGGCUUUCCAGAGCCCAUGGAGGUUUGUGCAGUUAUUGCUGUGAUCACUAGAAUAAUAAAACCAUUAUUGCUCAUCUUUACCUUUUUUAUCGAGGAAAGUUACCGCUCGGAGAUACAGCUUAAGGACGGUUUAAGUAUUCAUUUCUUUCAAUCCUGCUUUAUCCUUCAGUUGUACUGUGACACGGGUGGGGAGGUCUGAAAUGAAGUCAUGAGAGACUGUGUUUUGAUUAUAGCGGGGGUUGAAGUCAAACAGACGCUGCAGAGGGAGGUCACUGAUCCGGCUCUAUGGGAGGAGGAAAUAACAGCCGCCCCAGUGAAACACAUUUUUCAUUAAAAUAAAUGCGUUAAAGAGAAAAGUCAAACAGAAUACCAAUCAGAUCUGUGUGUGAACAGCAUCAUAAACCUCAACACCUUCGUCUCCAUCCCUCUGAGGGCUCUUUCUUUGGUGUUUCCUUCCCCCCACAUUUCAUUCUGAUGGCGACUAGGAUAUCCCUGAAGGUGCUAAUUUCUUGUGAUGUUAUCUGCUCCCCAGCCGCGGUGCUGGCGUGAUGUGAAUCCAUCUCCAUGAAUAAAUAACAAAGUCGCUUUUCUCGGACUCAAUAGAGCAGCUGAAGACACACGAUGAUGGGCUGCUGUGUGUGUUUCCCGGCGUCGCUCGGUGGUUUCUGCCUCAGAAUCCAUCAGCGUCAUUAAUAACAGAAGUGAUAGGAGGGUGAGGGAUGGACAGACCUGCUGUGUGUGACCCAGAGCGGUGAACUGGGCAGGGCCUCUGCCGGGGCUAUCGAGCAGGAACAUCGGUUUAUUGAUUAAAGAAUCAGGCCCUGGGCGGGGAGGGCGCUGACAGACGUACAGCUGACGGCCUUGAGAAACGUUUUUUUUUUUUUUUGCCCUGCAGUCCCACCAGAGCAUGACAUUCUCCAAUUUGGCGCUGAAAUAUAACAACUGACCACUUGUUUCUCACCGCCGCCCUUGGUUACAGUUGCUACGCAUGCUAAGCUUUAAGUCAAAUUACAACACAGGCAGUUUACAAUGAAGAGUAAUGGCCAGAGGGAUGAACAACAGAAAAUCACACUUAUCUUUGCAUCAGUGGUUCUUCCACAUCAGGUGGCGGAAAAAACGAUGUCGCCCGUUUACAGCUGGUGGUAUAGACCAAAAUUCAUAUCAGUGAGCCCUUUGGUUUUAAUGAUACAAACCAUAGACUGUAUUUACUAUGGACAACUUGGCUCUGCCUUCUGCCAGGAUAUGGAUUUGAAGCCGAAAAGGUCUCUGUAAUUGCACGUUUUUUCUCCACUUCCUGAACAUUGCGCAGUAGCAUUGUACGGAUUUGGUGGGAGAGUCGCAGAGAGUUGCUGUGAUGUAGUUAACUGCUGAGUGAACGACGUGAAUGGAAUCACUCCAAGACCUCAUUCUUUCCUGAUUCAUGUAACUUCCCCCUUUUGCUCUUUGCAAACGAUACACAUCCAACCAACGAACGAGCAAGCGGGUGGAGUCUCGUGAUUUGCUCACAGCAAAUGAACGACAUGUAUCAGUCAGUCAGUGAAUGAAAUGAAUGACUUCUGAACAACUUGAUGCAGGCAGAGGAGGGAGGGAUGUAGCGUCGUUUACGAACUGCAGAGCAGCGGUUCGUUCAGUGAGGCUAAGAUGAAACAAUACAUUACAGUGCCUUUACAUUUAUACAUGUGUUUAAACUUUCCUAUAAGAAGGAUUUAAUUUCAGACGAUUUAAAGGAAUACUCUAUUUGAUAUCUUUAAACGUAUCAGAAUCCUCACUACUGCUGCAACAUUUAUUUAUUUUAAAUCUCUCCACUUUUCCACGAUAUGAAAGAACAAAAACUCACACUUGUUUAGCCGGUGUGCUGUUUGCUGCUGUGUUGUUUCCGCCGACGGUGACACACAGAGAGGUGAGUUUUUCAUGGCUGGGGAGUGAUUCCUCCUUCACGACCUGGCGAAUGAACGACCUGUGUCACCCAGUGAACGAUGCUGUGACUUCAGCAGAAGGGGAGGGGAGGGGCUCGUUCAAUGAACAAACUUGCGACUGUGUCACUCCCUCGUGUACUGCACUGGCAGAACGAGGCUCCGAAGCACCGACUGAUUCAGUGAACGAAUCUUUUGAACGAAUCAUUUUAAUGAAUGGAUUCUAAAGAUUCAGUCAAAAGAAUGGUUCUUCCCAUCACUGCUGUGAUUACUAUGUUUGUCCACAGCUCCAUAGGGAUUGCUGGAGGGGGCGGGAUUUAUGACCUAUACUGCAGCCUGUCACCAGAGGGUGCUGUUCUCACGCAACGAGGAGGCAUUCUAUAUACAGUCUAUGGUUCAAACUCUCUCCAAACUCCUUAUAUUCUGAACACCACGUUCGCUGCAGCUCUAAUCUACUGCACUCUCCGUUUCCUUUGCCUCCUCUCACUGAUGUCAGGCUUGUCUUCUUCCUCUCCUCCCUCCUAACAAAGCCUCGUGUUUCUCUUCUGUCUCUGAGUUUCUCCGGCUGGUUCUGUUCGUGUAGCUGUUUGUGUCAUAAUGGCUGCUGAGCUGUCUGUCACGCCGAGAGCUUCAGGCCUCCGGGGCCGACACUUCUGUCAUGCUCACAGAGCUGGGUGGUGUAGCGUACAGACGUGGAGCCUGUUCAUCACACCAAUUAAUGUUCGCUCUUACAGACGAAAAUCACUUCAUGCUUCAACAAUCAAAAGACUGUUUAAUCCCUACAAGUGAUGACAUACAGUAAGUCUGAGAAUCAGACCUCAGCCCGUGUUUUUUCUUUAAGAUGAGGCGGUGGGGUGGGUGGUCUAUUCUAGUAGAUAAAAUGUAGAUUAUCUAUUUUCUGAGUCUAAAUGUACUGAUCUAUCACAUGUUCUUGGCCCCGCCCCCUCAGGUGCAAACCGUUGCACUCUGGACCGGAAAAACGUGACCGAGUAGCGAGUUCACUUCUAUCUCUUCAUUAACUACAACACAAACAAGUUACUUUUAGAAAAUUAAAAAACACUUUUAACUUUACCGAAGUUUUAAAGGACUCGCUAAUCGCCACUCUUGGUCAAAUAGCCACAAACUCCACCUGAUUAUAUCGAAGGGCAGGAUUUUACUGUUAUUUACACUCUGUGGACCCUGUAGCUACCUUGAAAAUAUGUCAAAGAGAAAGCUAAGUUCAUUCUUUAACGACUUUCUUUGAACCCGAUAAGGAACCACAACAGCGUUUGCUACUCUCCGAGACCAGGACUGGAAGCAGUAGAGACCUUGUGGGAGUAGACUGCUAGCAAAGUUUAUGUUACCAAUACAGACUGCAGAUAAAAACAAGACCCAUAGAGCAGUGUUGCCAGAUGUAAUGAGAGAAACAAAAAACAAGCUCUAUGAAAACAAGCCCAAAAUAUACCCAACAAGCAACCCGCAACAUCCCAUGCCAGUAUGCCCCAAGGUGCAGCACCCAUAUGCGCCACCUAUGCUGAAACAUACCGAGUUCCAGGAAGCGCCACGUAAAAAAAAAAAAAAAACUAAUUUUGAAAGUGUGGCACCUGUUAUUUUGUUGCGGCUGUGCACCAUGAUGAAUUACAUGUAAGGGAAACCCCGCACAUUUAUCUUGACAUAAUAAUAAAAAUAAUAAGAACUUUUUUUAUCGCACUUUUGAAAACAAAAGUUUACAAAGUGAUUUGACAUAUAGUGAUAAAGCAUAUGGAAUAAGACAUAAAAACAAACGCUCAGUUAAAACGGAAUUGAAGGCCAUUUUAUGCAUGAGCAACAGCAAAAACGAUGAACACAAUUAACAUAAACAUAACAACUUUUAAUUACUUACAUUUUAAAACUUUGAUUAAGAGAAAAUAGUUUGGGUUGAAUUUUUAUAUUAUUUUAUUUUUUUAUAUUUUUCCCACUUACUGCCACUUCCUGUUGCGCAUGGGCAUAAUGCGCCGUGUGAGUGUGUUAGGGGGCGUGCCGAGUACUCGAGCCGGCACGAUCCCGGAAACGGUGAUCUGGAAAGAACAAACUAUCUACUGCACUUUAGUUUUGCUUUGCUUUUGCGAUGAGCUGUGAAAUAACCAGGGUGGGAUUCACACAGACAGAGAAGAAAACCGAAAUAAGCAACUAUUAGUCAAAAACACGCCCAAAAAAGCGCAACCCGCGACGCACGAGUUUUACAAGCAACCUCUGAGAAAAACAAGCUUAAAGUCGCUUAUAAUGAGUGGACCUGGCAACUUUGCAUACAAAGAUGACCGCAAAACUCAGCAAUAGGUUUCAGGAAGAGAGCCUGCGUUCACCUUGCUUUAUGGACCCCCUAAAUGGACCCCCAGAGGACACAUCUGAUCCAAGAUUAUCACAGGACAAAGACGCGUGGGGACCACAGAGGACCAGUCCACUCAGGUCAGAGAAAAAAGUUCUGAUUUCAAGUCCACGAUUGCUCUGAUUUCACUUGCUGUGUAUGUUGGGUUCGUGUGUGUGCGCGUAGCGUGCGUGUGCAGAGUGCAACGCGUGUUUAAUGCUGCUGGGUUUACAAGAUCAGUGUCAAUUUUAGCCCUGGUGAUGUGUGCAUAUGCAAAGUAUGUACAUUAUAGUCGUGUGGAUUAAACCGUGAAUCAGACUUAAGUUUAACUCUGAUGCAGUAUAUUGCACGAGCACUGGCCUGAUUGGCUGUUCAAGAGACUUUUAAAAAACUAAGAUAACCCCAAGAAAAGGGUUUAUAUGUAAGGUGUUCAUUCUGUCAUGUAGUUUUUUCCACUGAGUGCGUUCAAGAGUUUCCUUUUGAAUGGUUCGAGGUGACUCUGCUCUUUGUUUCUUCUCAUGGAAUUGCAUGGCACAUAAAAAUGCUGCUUGCAUCUGCAAAACACCGGCUGUAAAUGGCUCCCGGACAGGAGAAAAUAAAGUAAAACAACUGAAUAGAAACACAACAUCAAAGCUAUCCGACACAUGCAAGCGUUUUUACAAUGUACAGAGAUAAUUGCUUCAGUUUUGCCAGUGGGGUUCAAGAAAACUUUUCCAAAUUCCUCAAGAAUAAAAAGUUAAAGGAGCUUUCUGAUGUUUACAAAAUAGGCUUAAACUUCACAAUGAUGCAUCAAAAAGCAGCCAAGACGAUCACCUGCAACACUGAGAAUUAUUAUAUUGCAGUUUUUAAUGCCUGACACUGGUUUGAGGGGGUAAGUGUAAGCCGAGCAGCUGCAGAAACAGCCUGUUUAAUACAAGAACUUUAUUGAUAGCAGAUCAUUACUUUAUCAUUUCCUUUGAGUAAUAAUCACCAUAUUCAUCAUUUUGCACCGCAGACACAGUAGUUCUUCUGCCUUAGCGUCUCGGUCUUAUUGUAUUUCCAUGAAGAAAUGAUCAUAAAUGUUCUUCCUUGAGCUGCGAAACCCCGCUGUAGUCCGUAAUGGACUGGCCCGAGGUCUCGCUACAAAUAAAUGGCUGCUGAAAGAGAGUAUGUGAGUUGUGUUUAGUCUCUUUGCUUAAAAAAUUAGUCAAAGUUAAAAAGAUGUUUGGUGGCUAGUACUAUGGCUGUGACCCUAUAUGUCCUGUUGAUGAAGUUAGGUGCUGUUCUGAGCAUUAUUUGUGGCUAUAGAGUGGCGUUUUGGUUGAGGUUUGUUUAUGGCUCCUCAGACUGCUGUGUAUUGCUAUCGUGCGGUCGUUACUAAAGUUGGUAUAACUAGAGAAGCAAGCGGUCGGCAACAUUUAUCUCUCGAGGGGGUGUCUAACUCUGUGUUACGGUGUGUUUGACCCAAAAUUAAUUUUACGCCGGAAUAUCCCUUUAACAAACUGUGUAAAUCCAGUCAGGACGACAUAGUUGAAGUCUCUUGAUUUUGUUACAAGUGCCCCAGGGUGUUGACUCUGUAUCCUAGCAACAGUAUCAUGAAGAACAUAACAUGGAACUUCAGCCGUUGCCUUGUGUGGGAUAUGUACGAGUGUUUAAGAUACCUUUGAUUUUAAAAAGCCAGUUGGAAGAGAUUUUGUCCAUAAGGAGAUACUACUGAAACAUGUAGGAGACUUGAGAUGUGUCUCCUCACAUCAUUUAAACUGCACAGGCUAGAGUGUCCUACAGAUGUACCGUGAGUGUGAUAUUUGACACUCCCUGCUGCUGCAGAUAGUCUGUAUUUGACAUUCUGGGAGUGAGAAGAGGCUGUAAAAGCUUCUAAAACGUGUCAUUAUCGUCAUAUAGACUUGGUGUGUCAGAAUAACACCCAUGUAUGUCACGCUGAUCUUAAAGGUCCAGCCAAGGAAAGGGUGUGAGUCGCCUCUGGCUGCAAGAUGUGAGACUCUCUCUCUACUGAAGCUGUGCUGGACCAGAGGCGAUGACAAGCUAAUGAGGAGAGGGAGGAGGUCUACUAUAUUAAAACUUUACUCACUAAUUAGAAGGAGGUGUUGCAUGCAUGAGAGGCCAGAUUAAAUACAAAUAUCAAUGCUAAAGGGACAAACCAAGGGUGUAAUGUGUAUGCAGCGCUGCAUCCUCUUCCUCUGUGGUACAGACUGUACUGAAUUCUGCCCCCGUGUGUUCUGACAGUGAUUGAAGAUGUUUUUCUUCAUUUAUUUCAAGACUCGGCCUGAAGGGAUGAGGAGCAAUUUAUAUAUUAGUUUAUCAAAAAGUCCAUUAUCCAUUGUGUCUCUUUUUGUGUUGUUGUUGCAGACAGAACUUCUUUUUGUGUCUGUCUAUAAAUCCUGUUUUUGGUGAGCUGCCAAAAGCUGUGUUAGUCACCGAGCACCUCCAACACCCGCUGCUGCCCGGGGCCCUCCACCCGUCCACACUGUAGAGCAUCAUUCCCGUUUCCUGGAAUCUCUGCUGCUUUCUAUAUUUUGUGUUUCCACUUGUGCAGCAGUUAAGAAUCCCCCGAGGACUCAUGACCUGCGAGCAGCACAAUCAGGUGGAUGGGGGGGGAAGGACAAAUUGAAUAACGACCACAAGACAAAAGACAUGAAGGCGUUCUCUCUUUUUUUGUGAGUUCUAAUGGGGUCACGCUGCACCCGCUCCGAACAUAAGGGUGAUCAUGUUUCAUUAAGAUUUAACGCAGAAUUUGUUAUUUUCUCCGUCUUCGCUCAGGACAGGAAAAUAGAGGUGCGAUUUGAGCUUUGUUGUGACAUUUCAUCCUCUGAUUAUAUUAGUGACCUCUGCAAAGCAGCCGCUGCCUGCUCUGAAAUGAUGUUACCUAGGCCGACAAGAAUUGAUGCAAUGACCUUACAGCUUGUCCACCGGCGGGAAAAAUUGCUCCGCGGUUUCACAGUGAGACAUUCGAGGCAUGAAAACAGACCCUGAACCCUCGUUGCAUUUUGCACCCCCGAUAUUACGUCAGUGGAACGAUAUUUGGAUGUGAAAGAGACGAUGAGAGGUGUUAAAACCUUUACAUGAAACUGUAAAUAAAACUUUGAUGCAAAGCCAGACAACAAAAGCUGUAAUAAGCGUGUGCGCGCACAUGCUCCCAGAGCCCUCUUUCCAUUAUUCAUCAACAGAUGUGGCCAUUACAUUUACAUAUUUCAUUUAUCUGCGAGAUGCAGCGAUAAAUAUCCCCGUGUUGACUGUGCCCGAUGACUGAAACUCUUGCCACUCAUUAAUCUUGAGCUAGAAGUGCAAGUGUGACAGGAAAUGUGAGGAGGCGCGAGCAGCAGAAGUUGAACCUUUCUGAGAAAACAUGUUUUUCAGAUUGAGAAAAGCUUUUCAGGCAGAUGAGUUCAAGCUUUUGAGGUUCGUUUUUUUAGCAGAAAUACGCUGAGAGCAUUAUAAUGAAUGUUGAGAGAGAAUCAGUGUAAAGUCGUUUAUUUUUCUUGCAUGUUAAAGGUAGAGCUGAUGAGGAAUAAAAGCAGCCAGGUCCGAGCAUCCUGUUUGUAAAUACACCAAAGUUAAAGGUUAUUUUAAACAUACUGAAUGAGUGGCUUAGGUGGUGCCUCCGGGGGCGUAACCAGAAAGGUGGUCGAGGUGGCACAGGUCCCCCUUGACAAGCCAGGUAGUUAUCUUACAGCUAAAAUCCACAGGAUACGGAACGGCUGCAUUCCGCUCCGAAAAGGGUAGCCUGAUCAAAUACACAAGCAUUAUAAGCAAUGUGCAUAGGUCCACACAAUUUGUCUGCCAUCUGACUCUACUGCGGAUCCGCUUCGGCAGUCAGGUCAGAUACGCAAGGCUUCUAUUUUUGCCGGGCACCGCAGCACAACGCAUCAAUUCAGUGCAGCUCACCAUGAGCGGCAGCGGAAGCUGUAUGCGGCUACAGAGUAAAAUAUCCAGUAAAUUUUUCAAAAUAAGAUAAAGUCAAUAUGUUGUACUGUUCUUUACGUGAUAAUAGGAGGGGCCAGGGUUUUGGGAUUUGGGUGUUAAUAUACACUGCCGAUCUCACUCAGUGUCUCACGGUGAAAAACGCGAGAUCUCGUCCAGAUAGUCACAGAUUACAAAAAAGUCAUUCAAGGCACAAUAAGUAGUUUUUAUCUGAGUUGGAAACAGGUUGAUAUGGACGCUGAAGGAAACAUCCAGCCUUAAUUUACAAGCCCACACAUGAAAUGCUACAGGUUGGGUACAUUUCCUGCUUCUUACAUCACUGCUUUUACAGCUCUUCUUCUUCUUCUUCUUCUUCUUCUACACUCUUUAACUGAACCACUUUAAUUCAAUCAAGGUUAAUCCCACCUUUAAAACAUGACGACAGCCUAAUCCACCAUUUUGGAGGUACUUUAAGGACUUCCUAGCUCAUAUCUACGCCUGUGAUGACAGCUGAUAAUGGGCGUUUAAUAGCGUGAUAACAUCUAAAUCGGUUGGUGUCACCAUCCACAGGCAGGAGGUACGAAUUAAACCACUUCCUGUGAGGCAGGCGGCCGUAUAUGCUGACUCUAAAAAGGUCCAUUAAUUACUGAUCAUCUUCUUAAUAUCAGUGAGAUAUAACAGUUGUAUCGAGUGACUAACAGCUGCUUGAAAAGUCAUCACAACUUUAGUAAAAGCCUCGUAACUUUAAUGAUUUCCCCUUAUUUAAACCCUGAUUGUGUUGUUUCUUCUCCGUAGGCUUGCUAUAAAUCAGCAGGAGUUAAUUAGAAAAUAAAAACCCCGUCAUAAUCAGACUUUUAAUAGUUUCCGUGUUCAGAAAAAAGAGCUGAUCUGCAUAAGUAUCAGCAGGUAAAUGAUGGGUUUAACAUUAAUCAUUUCCACAUGACAAUUAGACCAACGUGUGUGGCAUUAACGUUACAGCAGGUGAGACGAGUUCGAGACGAGCGGGAAUGAGCUGCUCUCAUUUACCAGCGAUCAGAGCUGACCUGGGGGGGUCACUUAUGGAAAUCUCUGUAUGUAAAUAAGUUUUGCAGACAGUAAUUCAUCCCCUGGUAGAUCAUAACCCUCUCUUUGACAAGCUAAUCCUCAGCCAAGCGUGUAAUUAAGAACAGAGCCGGGAUUGCAACGCGUGUGCGAGUGUGACAGGACAGUGAAGGAGCGGCCGCCGCCAUCAGCGUGGAAACUAAUCACCUGUCAGCGGAUGGAGCUGACCAAACACACUCAUUAACGGAUAGGAAAGAGACGCAUUACCGAAUGAAAGACGGGGCAUGUUUAUCGAGUUUACCUCUGACACAAACACUCUGUCACAUGUUCGGGAAUUAACGUCUGCAUAAGACUCCGACACGCCGCGCAGGGACGUGUCUUUAAAUAUGUUACGCCAACGCCGGGGGGAAUAGAGCAGAUUCUGCAGCCUGAGGCAAAACCCAACCUUUACAAUGCUGGAUCCAUUUCAUAUUCCUGUAUUAGCAUACUGUAAUCACUUCACUGCAGCAGCGCUAACACAAAUACCUGAGGGUUUACCUGGCCGGGAGCCCGCUUCCUUACAUUAAACUGGGUCCAAAGUGAGUUAAACAACCUGGAGAGAAACGACUGUGUAGGUCACAUGACCUCCAGCCGCUCCAAGAGAAGUAUUUGUAUUGUGUUUAAUGUGUUUUGUGUAAGCACUUUACUGAAUUUGCAUUAAUUAAGUGUUUGAGGAGUAUUUAUCCGAGCAUUGUCGGGUUGGCAGAAGUACAAGAGUGUAAAGAAGGAGGAGGAGGAGGAGGAGGCUGCAGCUUCAGUCUGAUUGAACUUCUCAGAGACGUUUCUGGCUCUGCAACAGAAUAAUAGACGAAAAUUAGUAUCAAGGUCAAACCAGAACCGAGAAACAAAAGAGUGUUUUUGAUGCUGUGUCAUUUUCUUUCACUUCUUCAUCUAUUUGUGGUCCAGGCUAAACCUCUGACGUUCUUAAGGCCAAGAAACCCCCCUGGACAAGCGCAGAGAGAGGACGCUGAGUUCACUUCUCUUUUUAUUAGACCCUGUUGCCCCACGUUGUAGCGAAGCAUGGACUAAGCUCAUAAUUCUACCUUUUUUUCGCCGAAUCGGACGUCCCUCCUUGUCCUCGUAUACAUGCAGCUGAGAAAAUCGAAUUAUUGACGUGAACAUGUCCUCCUCCCCAACACUAGGGGGCGAAAUGGGUCUUUUCAGCGGCGCUGUUUCCGACCCCAUACAACCGUCAACAACAACAGCAGGUCCGUGCCAGACAUCAGAAGUAGUAUUGGGUAUUGAGUCUCGAGCGUCGAUGGGGACCGGGACUAACAUUCCGAUUCUCCCGGAACUGUUCAAAUUUAAAAAUUUCGAUUCCAAGUUUCGAUCCUGGAGUCCACCGACCGGAAAUAAUAGGUGCCGAACACCAACGAGGAAGACCUCAGGAUUCACGGAGGAGAAAUAUCUAAGUGCCCCGUCUUUGACGCGCUUCGUCGGUCUUCCGCUAACCAGCUAGAAUCAGAUAAGUAAAACAAUAAAUGACUUCUGUCUUUGGCUAACAUUGAAAUGGAAAACAAAUUGUACUGUCAACUUAAAUAUCCAACUAAGGUUAGCCCUCAUACUUUUUCAUAGACAAACGACCUGACAACAAAAAUUGAUAUUUAUCUACUGGUUGAAAAUAGUCCUGUGAGAAAUUCAUAGUAAAUUUCUUAAAAAGUUAAUAUAAUUUAAUGGAGAAGUUCAGAAAUUUCAUCCAAAAAGAAGAACUCCGGUUAGCUUCCUCAUUUAAACCAUGCAUUUUUUUUUUUUUUUUAUAUCCUGCCUUUAAAAAGAAUCGGAAUAGAGAAUCGUUUGGAACCUGAAUUGAAACGAGGAAUCAGAAUCGGACUCAGAACCGGAAUCGGAAUCAUUCAAAAUCAAUCGAUAUCUAACCCUAGUCAGAAGUGUCUACAACUGCUGAUGGCCAUUUUCGAGCGAGAAGACGGAUCAUCAUACAGCGGUGUUUCUGUCGUACAUGAUGUUACUUUUUCUGCAGAUGAGGUGCAUACCAGUGUUUUUGCUCCGGGGUUACGGGGCGUGGAGCACGCGCACAUGCAUUGUCCAAUCAAAGACUACGCUGGCUAAAUGGUAGAGAAAAUCGAAUCCAGUCACAUUAUCUGGGUGACUUAAUUAGAGUUCUCCGAUUAGAGUCGGACUAAGAUGUUAACAUUUACUUCAGUUGUCUGGUCUUAAUCAGAGUAAGGCGAUAAUUUGUUCUUCUCGAGUGUCAUGUAAACAUACUGACUGAGAGGCAGAGGAGAUCCUCGUUCAUGAGCUCUCCAGACAUCUAACUACAUGUUUUAUAAUAUGUAUAAUAACCUGCAAGAGUCGGAGAAAAGGCGAUAGUUUCCAAUACUGUCUGCGUGUUUUUUCCAUCUUUGAAGUUAGCACAAGCUGCAGAGUCGUCCCCAGAUCAGUGAUGAUGCACAGUCCAAUCGUAGAUUCAGCUUCUCCUGCCAGUACGGGAGUCACCUGUUCACUGUCUUCCUUCCUGUUCCUUCAAAAAUAAACCGCGUUCAUAUUCUGCAGUUUCAUCCUCAGUGCUAUAAGGAUGAGAUGUGUGGCAUUUGGGUGAAAGUCAGAAAAAGAUGAAGUGCCCACAGGCGGAGAACCGUCUCAUCUGUUUCCAAACGAUUGGACUUUUGUGAGAUCCUUUACUCUUCAAACCUGCGCCCACUUCUUUUGGCAGCCUUUGUGAAUUCAGCUGCAGUUUGCCAGCAGGAAAAGCGGCUGAUAAGAGAUGAAUGAAGCGAAACAGCUGAAGUAAAACCAAAUCAAUGAGCUGAACGAUGUUAAAGUGUCCCGAGGAGCUGAGGAGACCUGAUGAUGAUAAAUCUGCGUUAGUCUGCCAUUAAAAGUAACCGCCAUAAUAAAACUGUACUUAAACUUUAACACUGUAAAAAUAUUGCUUUGAUUAAACGACUCCCUUCUCUGAUUUACAGCCUCUAACUAGCGCCUCCUGGUGUGUCCUCGGUGCAGCUUUAGGGCGGAUUUUUUAAAGUUUGACUCUUUUUUAUCCUACAGAUGACAAUGAUUGAAUCCCCUCUCAAGGAUACUCCUCACAUAAAUCCACACUGCUCUAAAAAUACCCAUCACAGUGUGAGGACUCUGCAUACCAACAGGUUUGACAUGGUAAUGAGUCUGUCUCGAACACAGGGUGGUGCAGAGAAGGUGUUCCUACCGCCUCAGUCCCGGUGGCUCCGGGCCAAGACUGAAGGAAGAAAGUGUCAGAAGCUGGAGAGCCGCCCUGCAUUCAGAGCGCCGCGGGUCGGUCCGAGGGAGGAGGAAAUGGAAACGCUCCCCCUGGAUGGCUCACUCCACUUGAAGGAGAAGUCCUGUAAUAUCCGGCCUCUCACCAGAUCAGGAACUGAUACGUCCCUUUGUGGCUCACCAAAGAGUUCCUGUGCAAAGUCUUUAUCAGAUUCAAAACUGCGAAAAUACCCAUCGACGCCCAUCUCGACCUGACUGACUGUUAUCUAACUCCUCUAUAAUUUCACUCCCUUUAUUCGGAGGCAGACUCUGUCCUUUUCCUCGCCAUGUGUCCUGAGGCGUAACGUCAAAGAUCUAUGUCUGCUGAGUCACUAAUAACAUAAUGGUAACCAAACCUUUGACCCACUCAUGAACGACCUUCAAUUUUCUGUAUUAUGAGUGGGGUGUUAAUGACGGUAUUUACAGAAAAAGUACAAUGACGACACGGGUAUUGAUGUAUUUUUCGUCUUUCUGAAAAGUUAAUGGAGUCAAAUUAGCUGACUCAUCUUCAGUGUUAUGAGUCAGCAGUCCUUAUACUAAUAUGUGAGGAAAGGAUGGAUGGUAGACGUCUUAUGAACCCAAAGAAGAAGAAGAAGAAAUGGGCAGUUUCUUGAUUUCUACUAGAUUUCCAGAGUCUUCGUCGCCCUAAACUAGCUAAGAGAUGAGGAGAAUCUGAUCGAAUGAAAUCCCCAUUAAAGAGCCCUAAAUGUGAACUUGAUGGUUAUGUACAUGGAUAAUCGCGUGCUAAAAGACUGGCACUGAAUCUCCCAUAAAGUCAAAACCGUCUCUGCUUUAUGAUCCGUGCGAGACAUGGAAAUGAGGAAGAGGAAGAGUCCUUGUGCUGCUUUGAAGAACCGGUUCAACCCAGACUGUUUUUUUUUAAAGCAGAAAAACAUCAGACAGAGUAAAACGCGGUCGGAGUAGGGCUGGGCGACAUCGCCAAAAUAUUAUCAUGAUGGUUUUUUCCUAAAAAGCCAAUAAUAAUCAUUAUAAAAUGUUUUAUGUGACAUUACAAACAUUAAAACAUAAUUUUCUCAAAUUGAAAUUCUGUUUAUGGUUAAAUUAGCUUGUUUUUUAGAGGUCAAGUACUCUAACAAACCUCUUGAAACCCUCAUUUUUGGGAGGCGUGUCUUUCGUAAAGAAUUAUGUUCCUGCUCCGAUUUUUACAAGGCGCAAGAAAAACAGACUGAUUUUGAGAUUUAGCAGCAAGUGGAGUUGGUUUCCCAGUCUUGGGAUGGCUGAGGGUCCACUACAAAAUAACAAUUGUAAAUAGUCUGGACAAUGUGACUCCGCCUCCUGUCGACUUAUUGGUCGAUUCGUGUUUUCACCAUUUUGGAUUCGCCAACCCACUAGAGAGCGGCUUGAGACAGGAAGAUUGAUGAGCGUCCACGUUAAUCAACGUCCGGUGGUUUGCUGAAUAUAAUAUUUGUGUUUGAUUGUCGUCUUGUGCUGAUAUCAGUAUAUUUUCACCCCGCCGCAAUAGGGUUUGCUGUCAGAGUCCCUGAUUUGUUGAUUUUUGGUCAAAAAUUUCAGGGUUUUAGUCUACCAAGAAUUUCUUUGGUUGAUUACAGCCGCACUAAUUUGAAGACAAAUCUCAGUAUUUCCAGGAUUUUCUCCAUUUCCUGAAACCUGCAUUUGCGCAGUAGCUUUCGGCAUUCGCUGUGAUGAUGCUAGGGCUGGGCGAUAUGGCCUCAAAUCCUCAAAUCAAUAUCACAAUAUAUUGAGCAGUUCACCUCAAUAACUACUCCACAAGCUGCUCACCCCUCCCACAUGAACUUCGUCUACUUCAGCCGCUCCAACUUUUGAACCGUCCUCCAUCUCCUCACCUGUCUGUCCCUCUUUGUUACGGAUUGGAUGGGGUGGAGUCACGUCUCUGAUGUAGGACAGCGUCUUAAAGGGACAUGAGACCACAGCCUACCUACACACAUCCAAAACAAACUUUUAUUUAUUCAUUUUGUUGACACCGAAUUUACUGAUACAGGCAAAAUGAUGUUGGUUAUUGUUGUAAAUUUCGAUAUCGGUAAAUUUUCGGUUUAUCGCCCAGUCUUAGAUGACGCUCAGCUCAAACAGCGACCCUCUACUGACUGUAUCCAAGUAUAAAUCAAUCUCUCUGUUUGGAUUUACACUCAGCGGUGUUCUUUGUCCAAGUUUGUGUGAGUCGGUUCCUCUAAAUGAGUAAUUGCUGUUCGGAUGGACGGUUUAAUGAGCGGUCAGUUUAUGAGGACAAAGUUAUUUCUCUAUAACCCGAUCAAUUUAUUCAGCGACACUCGGCGACUGCUGUAAGCAAGGCCACUCUGCCCUUUGUCUCAGCUUCAUGUGUAAAAAUAGAUUUGUGUGAAUAAAUAUGAAAAAAGGUCAGCGGCGGUGAAAUUAUCCCGCAGAAUCACAGAUAUUCUUCAACUUCCUGUCUUCAUAACUCUCCUCUCGAACCCAUUUAUUUCCAUUUUGAGUACGCUCGUGUGUUUUGAAGAGCAGGAAACACAACAGAUCUGAUGUGAUACCGCAGAGAAAAAAGCGAGCCUACAGGCUUUUUCUGUUUACUCAUUAAAGCAGCAGAUAACGUCUUUUCUUCUCCUGAACACGCUCUCAUGCAUGCAGCCUUACUCCACUCUCUCCUGUAACCUUCUCCCUUUUUUUUUUCCUCUCCGAGUUGACUCACGCUUCCAGGUCAGCCUCUCUGACGAAGGGGAGGAUUUUGUAUGAAAUCUCCUCAGGCGAAUACCUGAGUGGAUUUAGACUUAGAUUCUUAUUCUUGAAGCAUCAGUCCUGCAGCCUGAGCUCCCUCUCUUUGAACUCUGCUUAGAUUUUCCUCGCCCGGCCACCAUCCAUAAGCAGAUCCGAUAUGUUGUGGAGGCAAAGAGGACGGACGGAGAGCUCCUGAUGUACGCUUCAUUGUUAAGAUGAAUUGUGCUGAGUGCAUCCCCACCGAGGAUUGACUCCGCUGGAUGUGCCAGAGCUUUGCUUUUUUUGAAGUUAUGCAUGCAUUCAGGCCAUUCUCCACAUUCACCAGGAGCGAUGGAGCAUAUCAAGCACCCUGAAGGAAUCAAGUGUUUACCCAGAUAUGUCAUGAGCCGUUAGCAUCCAGGAUUGGCAUCAUUAUAGAGGGAGAUUUCAACAAAUAGAGGGUGGCUGUCUGAUCAGGUCUGAUGGCAAAUGCGGGCAAAUGAAGCAUGAGUAGACGCAGCCUCAGCCUCGCUGCGUGUCUGACUGCAGCUGUGCAUGUUUCUGACGGGUCAGCCAAGUGUUGACAUCUUUCGCGCUCAUGGUUUUAGAUGCAUUACAGGCGAAUUUGGAGGCUGAGGAUUCAGACACAUUAUCCUUUCAAAGCAGGAAGGAAAGAGAGAAGGCUGCAGAAUGAAGCUGAGGUCGAGAAAAAUCUGCAAGUUCUCAUUCCCGAAGAGACAAAUUCUGGUGCUUUUGUCAUGAUGCUGCUGCUUCUGUGUGUGCAUGAGGUAACCAACAUGCAAUACUCCUAAUAACACAGAGUCCUUUUGCAUAGACUCAGACCUCGGUUCCACAGCAGGCGUGCUUCCUCUCUACCCACGGCAAGUCUCAGAUCUAUCCCAGAAGCCUCUCUCUCUCUCUGCUCCACUUUGUGCUAACACUCUUUUUUUCCAACGGAGCUCGAGUCCAACACGCGUCAAGCCGAACAGAGCGGAUCGACUUUGACAGAAAGUGAGAACCCGGAGCAUCUCAGCAAAUUUCAAAAUAAAACACAUGAACAGACAGACGCAGUCCCUAAAGAAAGAUGAAUACACUGUAGAGAAUCUCAGAUUUAUGAUCCACAUCAUCACUGCUGGUUGUUUUCUGUCUUGUGUUUCGGCUGCUUUAUGUCCUUUACGGCUGGCAUGUGCUUUUAUUUUGAAAUAUAACAAUAAGAGACUCAAUAAGAACCCAAGGUCGCUUUACGAAGAGGAAUAAUUAACUCAAGAUAGAAAAGAUAACUACAUAUAUGUAUACAAAAUAUGUUGAUAUUAUGGCGAUUAUUUAGGGUGACCAUACGUCCUCUUUUACCCGGACAUGUCCUCCUUUUUGGGGGCUGUUCGGCCUUGUCUGGGGGAGUUUAUGAAAUCCUUCAAAUGUCCAGAGUUUUGAGUUUGUGUCACAUGGACUGACUGACUUAGGAGUAUGUAAAAAACACUCGACCCGACCCAAAUAACUCUCUAAAUCAACAAUGUGCGACUCCAUGACUCCACCCCGUGUAGUGGUGUCCUCUUUUUGUGGAUUCAGAAUAUGGUCACCCUAGAUUAUUGUCAUUUUGACAUAAUCAACAUCAUAUUGGCAUCAGCACUCACAUUCCCACGACCCAUUAACAGCACAGUCACUCAGUAGUGUUUUGAUUGAUAAGUAUUGUAAUAUUUGUGUCUUUUCAUUAAUUUAUAUCAAAUCUACGAAAAAGGAUUACGGCCACAAGAAGAGAACGUGGACCAAAAACUCCAGUCCAGAGCGGUAGAGAAAGGCUAACCUGUUGUCAUGGAGAUGGACGCAUCCUACGUAUUAUUCAACGCCGCCAGGAGGGUCACGCUGAAGGAGGAAGAUCUGACUGUAGAAAAAAUUACAACCAGAGCUCUGUUACAACGUAAGGCUCUGUCGCAUCUUUUGCCAUGGUAACUUUCGCUGAGGAUCAUGGGAAGGCCAAUGUAGCCUCCAUGUACGUACGCUCAAAACAGGCGCACUAAAAAUCAAUAAUUGUAAAUAAGAUUUAUGAUUUCGUUUUUGUUUUUUCUCUAUUAUUUAUUCUGUUUUGAGGUGAAAAUACAAAAACAAACACUAAUUUUUUAUUUUUUAGUUAUACAGAAAAACAAAUAAACAAAAUACUGACUCAUUUUUUCAUUUUUCAUUUACUAGAUUGAAUGGACGAAUGAUACGUGGACCAUUCACGAUAUUAUGACAUUUUGUAAUCUCGAAAAUUCAACUUUAUUGACAUAAUUUUGAUUUCUUUAAUGUCGAAAUUUUGACUUUUAUCUCGAAAUAAUUGCUUUCCUGUAAUUAUUUUCUUCUCUUCAUGAGGCCCUAAUCCUCUUUCAUACAAAUCCGUCCAAAACAUAUCACUGAAUGUCCUUCCUCUGUAAAAACAGGGAAAGCAGAAAGGCUGCUGUGGAAAGUGGGUCUUUAUUUGAUGCUCCAAAAUCAAAACAAGGUCAGAGUUCAGAAGUGAAGCGGCUCUUUAUUAUCUUUGUGGGCUGUUAAAACAAACACGCUCAUUUGAGUUGGUUUUCUGCGGCGGACUCACUUCACGCGUAAACAAAAAACUGCCAUUAAGUCAAAGCUGUUAUUAACGGUGCUGCGAACACUCGCCGGCAGAGAAGAAACCCUCAUCCUUCCGUGUGUCAUAUCUGCGUUUAGACGGCUCUAAAUGACCUCAGAGGAAAGGUUAUGACGAGACCUCGAACACGGGCUGCCACCUCCUUUUAUCCGAAGUAUAAUUACCUCUAUUGUAAUUUCAUUUUCUUGAUAGAAGCAGAAAACAGGCCUUCAUUAUUGCCCCUUCAAUGUGAAAUUUAAUUACAUCAAAAAAAAACAGCUGAAUUAAAGGGCGCUGUGGAUGUCAGGGGCAAAAGGGCAGGUGCUCAAGCCCCCUCAGCUCCCCCCUUCUGCACGUGCCUGGAAGGUGACUCUCAGACACUUAACCACACUUUUAUUGGAAGAAUACUUGAUAAUGAAGCACUCGAGUGAAGGUAUUGGGAAGGAAAAAUCAAUAAGAUCAUCUGUUUGUUCGAAAAAGACACCAAAACAUGUGACCGAGCAUCAGGAACCCACAUCCUGACGCAGGAAACUGUACAAUAUAAAGUCCUCGGAGGCAAAAUCCAACUAGUAAAGCUGCUUUAUCGUCCAAAACAAACAAAUCUGAAUUUAUUUGUGGAGCACUUAAUAUUAGCCGGAGAGGGAUUAUCACACGAGAGCUGUCUGGGGUUGUGAACAAGGAUUAAGAGCUGUGGAUGUAGAUCACUUCCAUGUAGCGCAAAACACAAACAAGGCCGUUCAAGUACACAAGGAGGGCUGAUUGAUUCUGAAUAAGUUUGAAGGGGAAUAAAAAAAAAACUACAACUCAGCAGGAUUAGAGAAACAUCCUGGGUAGGCGAUGUAAAAGCCAGAUCACAUUUUCCUCUCUCUCUCUCUUUGAAAGCACACUCCGCCGUGGCACUCUGACAUUUUUAAGAUGAGGAGAAAGAUAAGGAGCAGAUUAGACGCAAGAGCCUCCCCCAAGGAGAUUACUUAUUGUGUCCUUGUGCUGGAGGUAAAAGGACUGGGGUGAGUGAAAGCUUGAGUCUGCUCCUCGCUUCGAAAAACUGUCACACACAGAAUUUGUUGCACGUCCGAGCUGCAUUUAUUCGACUCAUAAAUUAGAGAUGGAGAAGAUUAAAGAGAGGAGGAGAAAUGUGCAGAUAAAACGCCGACAUACAUCCUGCAGCUAUAAACUAACCGUUAAUGAAAACAGAUCAUUGUUUUAAAGCAGGCGAGGGUUUGAAAGCUGUAAAGCUAAAACUGAGGUUGUUAGAUUGAUGAUGAAUCGCUUCAGGUGUGUUCGACAUUUUGCAUAAAUAUGAGAGAUUUUGAUGGAUUAACUUGCCAGAUUCAACCAGCUGCAGUUGUUAUAAUCGGGGCGGCGAGUGAGCUCAGAGGCUGGCGUUGUACCAGUUUGAAUAUUCAGUCCACAUCACAGGUAAAAAAAAGACAUUACAGUCAAUUAUAACUCUGAAGCAGACACAAGGUAAUAGCUAAGGCUUGGACGAUAUGCUUUUCUCCCGAUUCGAUUCUUCCACGAUUAUUUUGGAUGCCAAUUCGAUUUAAAUUGCGAUUCUACAAAAAUUGUUGAUUUUCCAGAUUUUUAGUCUGCAUUUUUAUCACCAGUGAAAUAGUUGAAUGAUUAGGAUUGUCUACUGACUAUUCCAGGAACCAUAUUUUCCCCAAAAAUAUAUAUCACGUCUAAGUCAGUUUUAAGAUUUAUUCUUAAAUUCAAAGAAAAAAUGUGAAAAGAUAUUUUCUCCCACCUCUAGUAAUAGGUAAUGUAAACUCAUAAUUAACCUGUUUUUCUGUUGCAAAAUGUUGAAUAAUUAAGUGGCAAUUUUAGCCAGAAAGUGGCUGAAUGCUAACAUUAGCCAUUAGCCAACUUAGCAAGUAAGUUAUUAUAUAUGAUGAUCUUAAAGGCAGCACAAUACACCCCUGUUGUUCCAGCUGCUAACCAGGUCCUGGCUUACCGUAGCUAGCUAACAAUUUCGCUAAUACGAUUAAAAAGUAAAGCAGGUUAAAAGACUAGACGUAAACAAAGCUAGCGAAGUUAACUCAACGCUAGUUUAGGUUUUGAAUGUUAAUAUUAGCUGCUAAUACUACUGAGUUGUCAUGUUGUUCAUUCGUGAACAGUAGCCCCGCCUCCUUCAUGAUUUUCUUGAUUGAUUGUUACGCUGAUUUGCUUAACUACUUCCCACCCCCUGUUGUUUCAGCUUAACCAGGUCCUAGCUUACCAUAGCUAGCUAACAAUUUUGUAAAAUAGGGAUGAAGCUCUUUCCUUUGAUAUCAGCUAAUAUGAUUAAAAAGCAAUUCUGGUUUAAAGGUUAGAUGUAAACAAAGCUAGCUAAGUUAACUCAUUGCUAGUUUUGGUUCGAAUACUAAUAUUAGCAGCUAUUAUAUCAGCACCACCUCCUUCAGCAUUUUUCCUGAUUGAUCGUUAGCUGUAAGUCCUGAACAUAGUGAUUGGCCAACUACUUUACAAAUUCAUUAAGCAACAGUAUCAAGUGGUCUACUUAAAUAUAUUGAAGCAUAAUUCAAGUACUUAUUAGUCUCUGUUACGCAAAAGCUUACUGAUAGGAGUUUACCUGCUGACUGUUAGCUCAUAAAGUGACUAAACAUUUGUCUAAUUUAGUGGAAAUGAUUUAAAAUGUAAUGUAAAACUUUAUUUCAGACCCAGUUUGUCCAUAUGAUACAGAAAACAAUACAAAAGAUACAAAAAAGGAUCAAAUAUUUGUACUAUUUAUGACUGGAUGUCUCUCAUAAUUUUGUCUGUUUUAAAUUUCUGCGACCCUUCACUGAGUUCUUCACUAACUUUAAUCAGGCCAAUAUCAUCGUGAACUUCAGUUCAUCUUUUCCCUUUCUCGUGAUUUUUUUAAUUGAUUAUUUCAGCUGCAAAUCAUCAGAGUCUUUGCAAACAGCUGGCUAAAUAUCAUUAUCAUUAAAGUGGAAUUUACUCCUUUCUAAUUAAUGGUGGACAAACUAUUAGGAGAGGGGCAAUGAUCCAGGUUUGAAGGGGCUGAAUCCCCUCUUUUGUACCCUAUAAGUGGACCCAAUCUUCUUUGCAGUCGAGGUUUUGAGUCGUGCUCUGACCUAGAAAGAGUGUCCAGGGAAACGCUGCAAACUCUCCCUGAAAGCAUCUUGGGAGAACAGCAAUCAAAGAUGGAUAAAAUCUCAGUGUUCGUAUUUUGGCAGAGCCGAGAGGGACUGAAAGAUACCUGAGCUGAGCUGGAAGCAGCGUCUCCAAAAAUCUGGGACAGCCAUUUGCAUUUCUAUCGCAGAGGGAAAUGACAAUGUGAAUGUAUAAUUUCAAACCAGUAUAAUCUAAUGUCCUGGCAUCUGCAGGAUUUGGAAAUCCCUCAAUGAUGUGGGUUUGUUGAUUGAUCUGGACAUGUGCGUGGGAUUUUCCUCUAACUACGUCAAAGGCUGCUUUCAUGUUUUGUUUUUAUUCAUAUUUUAUGCGAAUUUUGUGAUUCUCAGAGGUCGACCGCUGCACUGCACCACCCGCCAGGCUGGGGGGUGUCCCGCUCAGCAGCAUCUCUCCUAAUUUCUGUCCUCCAAUAAAGCUGAUUAUGCCCUCUGCCUGUCAAAGCGAGAGGUUUUACUUUACCUCCUCGUCAUCACACUUCAGUGAAACAAGUUUGCCCUUUUUGUCUGCCACAAAAAAUUAAAGUUCGGGAUAAAACGGAUGCGCCAUCUCGCAGCGAUUUUUCACUGACAAAUUAUUUCUGGAUUAUUUAUGAAAGUGGAAGCUGGCUCAAAUUACUCACUUGGAGUUUUCCAGGAUUUUAUCAUCUAUAUAUCACCUCCAGAGCUGAUUUGACUGAGUAAUGGCUUAUUUUAGCUCCUUUGUAGGCUUCAUGUGAAUAUGAAGCUCGGUGCUUUGUCUUUAUUCUCGAUAGUUUGAGGCAGAGAGAGACUUUUAAAGGUUAAGGUGUUUAAGCAGGAAAGUCUCAGAUUUCCAUCACAGUGCUUGUCUUCAUCACCAGGAUACUUCUUCAUCUUUUAAUCUGAGUUUUCUCUUAAUUAGUUUGGCUGAUUUAUGUCAGAGCAACGACCGAUCAAGUUAUAACAUUUAUCUUAAAGUGGGUCAUUAUAGAGUAGAUGCAAAAUAACUGUAGCAUAGUGGUUCCCAGCACAGUAAAUGUGACACAGGAGGGACGAUUAGAUUAACAGCCUGCAGGUUUUUAACCAGCUGGUCCAUCAGGGUGUUUACAUGAUGUUGGAAAUAUCUAUCUACUGCAUCAGUCCAGCUGAAACUGGACCAAACUGACCCAUAUGGUGAAAGCAGCAAAAAUGAUUCUGGUUUCUAACACAAGUUUAUCCGCCUCUGCUUUGUUUUAUCAUCGAGAUAAAACCUUAUUGAUAUUUGUGUGUUUAUUUACAUGAAACACAGCAGAGUGAUUCGCUGAUAUUUAUAUAAUCAUUGAUUUAUCGUACAUUUUUAGUUUGUAAACAGGACCAGAGAAAACUCAAGGUGACUUGUUUGCAGAGAGCUGACACCUAACGUCAGGCUGAUACUGCGUCUACAAAGAGUCUGAUGUAGAUUAUAAAUCCACAGAAGCAGGUUUUUACAAGACAGUCUGUCUGCAGACCUCCACUGUCAGGACCCACCGUCACUGAGCGGACUGGAAGUUUAUUUGAAGCCUUUCAAAAUAAAACAAAAUUAAAGCAAAUAUACAGAGAGUACUUAUUAUUAUUGUUUUAUUACAUUACAAGUUGAUUUGAAGUACUUGAAAAUACAAGCAAAUAUGUUGGGAGUAGUUUUUUAUUUUUUAUUUUUUUUUAUUUUUUUAACUUUGAAGUUGAUUCGAAGCCUUUCAAAGUAAAAGCAUAUUUACAGGAAGUACUUUUUUUUUACGUCGGAAGUUCAUAUGAAGCCUUUUAAAAUAAAAAGCAAAUAUACUGGGAGUAUGUAUUUUUGUAUUUUUGUAUUUUUUCAAUUAUUAUUAUUAUUAUUAUUUUUUUUUUUUACAUUGAAAAUUGAUUCCAAGCCUUUCAAAUUAAAAGCAAAUAAACUGGGAUUUUUUUUUUUUUUUUAAGUUAGAAGUUGAUUUAAAGCCUUUUGAAAUAAAAGCAAAUAUACCGGGAGUACAUUUUUUUUUGUAGGAAGUUCAUUCGCACCUUUUUUAAAUUAAAAGUGAUUAGGCGAGGAAGUACUGAUUUAUUGUCUGGUGUGAAUAUAUUUUAAUUCUUGGGGCUUUAUUUUAUGUAUAUAUAAUGUUAAUAUGAUUUUUUUGUGUGUGUAUUCAUGUGUUCAACAAAAAGAAAAUACAAAACCGGAUGACUGCUUCGAACGAACCGGAGCGUGCGAAAAAAAAACGUCACCUCGGGUUCUGACAGUAGAGGUCUGCAGCCAGACCCCCGUCAGUUUUUAUAGAUAAGAGUAAACCUAUUAAACCUGAAAGGAACCAACUCCCACAUACUGGCAAAAACAGAUGGAGCAAGUUAGAAUAAAACCGUGUAAUAUGCAUAAAACUGAAGCUUUAUACUCUCUUUGGAUGCAUUUAUUAAUUUUAUAUUAAUAGGACUAAAAUAUCCCAGGAGCUUAAAAGUCAAAAAUAUUAUUGGAGGUAACUUUUCACCAAACGCCGGUGGGAAAGAGUUGUUAAACGAUCUUUUGCUGCUUUCUGUAUCCGUCACUGUCUAAUUUUCUGUUUUAGCGGUGUGCUGUAAAUCCGAGUUUCUGACACCGACCCUGCAGCAGUAUCCGAGUCUUUAAGCUGAUGCUCUGGUUUGCUUUAGUAGAUCAUAUUAAUGUCAGUCUGUUUCAUAACCAGAUAAGAACUCCUCAAAGGAGCUUUAAUAUUUAAUAGGAAGUGUAUUUUAAAUCGCUUGAACUUCGAACGUUUAAAUCUGAACCUGGAACUUUUUAUUCUGCAUCAGGAGAGUCAGCUGCAGGUUCCUCUAAUAGUUUGUGUCCCGUACAAAGAGGAUUGUAGUGACUGUCUGGUUUCUGUCUGUUGUAGUGUCGCAAAUAUUGUACUGUUUCGUCUCCGGGGAGGAGAUUUACCACGAGUGCCUCUAAUAAGUGUUAAUCCACUUAUGUCAGUCAGCUAAAGAUCCUCAGGUUACUGCAGCAGAACAAACAGCUUCAUGCAGCCUUUCAGAGGUAGAUUCACUCCACUGCUUUCUGCUAAUCCCUCCUUUUAAAUGUGACUUCUCUAUUCCUCCCAUAUCUACAUUCACCUCCAUUGCCAAACCUCUCCUGUGUUUCUGACUUCCCCUCGGCUUCAGUCUCACCCGAGCAGCAUGACUGACUCUCCAUUUUAUUUGUUUUUCAGAUAUUUUACUCCCCUCUACUUUUCCCUUAUUUACCAGGCUGUGCCCUUUUCUGUAGCACAAGCAUGUAAAAUGACACCGGGGUGACCUUUUCCUCUGCAAAACCAGCCAAGACAAAGAAGACAUUUUUUAUGCUCACAAUGGUUCCCCCUCCCAUCUCCAGCGUCAUCCUCAUCCUCAUUCAGGAGGACAGUUCUCCGCCCUCGGACUUGCUACAUCAGUCAGUUUUAUGCGGAGGAAGUGCAGACCUCAUCUCAUGCUCCUAUUGAUCCAUGUCACAUGUUUUCUCCAGGUGUAUGAGAACUUUCCUGCCGCAUCAGAUCCUCAACUUAAUGACCGUAUAGGAGCAUGAGAGAAGUCCUGGAGGGGCAGAAAGAAGCUGAGCGGUGAUUUGAAGCCCUUGACAUUGGCUUCCAUGACUUUGACCGUAUGUAUUCAGGACCCUCGGGUGCUCAACUCCAGCCCCAGAGUCCAGUCAUGACCCUCAUUAUUCUGCGCCGCACUGGGGUCCUCUCCCUCUCUCAUCUCCUGUAUAAUUUAUAUAUUAGCUCCAGACCCUGCUGCUGCAGUCCUUCACGUUUGUACCCAGAAAACCCCGAGUGUUCGCUCCGACACUGACCUCCCACAGCAGACCGCACACUCAAUAGAAAAAAAAUCUUUAUCUGUUUAUUUUUACGGCACUUUUCUCGACAAUUUGACAAAGUGGUUCGCUAAAAAAAGAUAAGAACGACCAGACGAGGCUGAUAAAGUGAAAGCUUAGAGGAGGAAGUGAAGGUUAUAAAACUCGAUAGGAUCAAGCUGAAAAAUGUCAAAUAUUUCUUCGAGGUUUUACGGAGAAAAGUUUGAGGAAGAAAGACCAAAACUGAGACGCUGUCCUGGACUCAAAUUGGUCCGUUGUGGAGAUUUUAGCAGCUAAACUUCAAUCGUCCUUCAGACCUGAUCUGUGACAUUUACAGGAGCUCAUCCAAACUCAGAUUCUCACCUCUCCUCCAGAAUCAUCACGGCUAGACAAAGCGAUGGAUCAUUUAAUUAAAAACGGUGAAUAAAAGGAUGAAGGAUAGAGGACAAAGGUCACAUUAAGAAAAUAAAGAUUGAAAAUUAAGUCAUAAAUUCAUGAGGAUAAAGUUGCAAGAGGAGUAGCGGUAAAUUUGCAGCAAUAAGGACAUGAAUAAAAUCCUAAAAUUAUAAGUUGUACUUUUAAAGUUGAAAUUUUUCAAAAUAAAAUGGUUAUUUUACAUGAAGAGCUCUAAUUACAGGCUAAGGUUAAUCUGUCUAGGGUUGAGGAUAUGAGGAUCAGCUCAUGAAGUUAAUAUUAAGAGCAGAGGACAAAUAGUAAUUGUUAAAAUGUGAACAGGCCGGAUAAUAACCUGUUCUUCUUUAUAACAAACUCACUUUCUCACACAGUCGAUUGAAAAUCCUGAUUCUGAGAAUCUUGGAGCUUUUUUGUAUGAAGCUCAUCGGCUUAAGAGUCAAACUUCCCAAAUUGCUCAAACUGAUAAAACUUCUCAGAUGUGUUCAAGCAGCUGUCAACAACUUGAGUCAUGUAAGUUUAAAAAUUGACUCUCGUGAAUUUUAAGUUUGUUCUCAUAAAUUUACGAAGUUAAACCCAGAAUCUCUUUAAAUUUCAGCAAAGCCUACAACCACAUCAUUAUCAUCUUCUUUAUUUGUAUUAAAUGUUUAAACCAUGAUAUUUCUUAGUUAUUCAGUGUCAGUUUUAUUCGCCUUGUCCUUAAAACGGGGCUCGAGGUAUGUUAUAAUCACAACGAAUUGCAGUUAAUUGAAACGAAUGUUGACAGAUAAGUUACUAUAGGUAAAGAGUAAAACAAGAUUGUAAAUCCAGUUCAUCACAUUGGCAGAAUUGAAUUCCCUUGAGCUUCCUUGGGAUUGGUUCUCAAAGAUUCAAUUGACACUCUGUAAUGUCAUUGACAAAAAAUGGCUGCCCAGCUUCAGUGGACUACCCAACCCAACAUUUAUUUACUUAUUUAUUUUUAACAAAUUUUAUUGACAUUUUAAACAUUACAAUAAAUUAUGGUGACAUAUGAUGCUUUAACAAUAAACCUGUAAAAAAAAAAACAUAUAUAUAUAUAUAUAUAUAUAUAUAUAUGUAUGGUCACUGAAACAGGAGAAGUUUCAAAGUCUGAAAUUAACGUGGUGGAGGGGUGUGCGUGUCUCAUUGAUCCCAGGAGCUAAGUUGUCGGGGGGCUUAUUGCCUCUGUUAGGGUCACCUAUGACAAACAGGUUUUGGGGGAGGCAUCAGACUAAGGGUAGUCCAAAUAGAAACCUAAUGAAUGUUUCCCUCACCAGUACACGGGUCACCAGGGCCUCCCCUGGAGCAAUUAAUUAUUUGCAUAAUUCCGUUCUGUAGAUGUUUUUUUUUUUUUUUUUUUCAAAUGUAAACAACUUCAUUUACAACAUAUCACAAACAUUACAGUAUUGAAACGGGGCUCGAGGUAUGUUAUAAUCACAACGAAUUGUCGGAUUAACUCAGUAAAUCAGUCUUUCGAACAACAUGCAAACAAAGUGACUGUGUUUGACGCCAACCCAACUAUCUAGUACUACAAGCAUGAAAAACAACUCUAUAGAAACGAUCAAUUAUUCUCUGUUGACGGCCUCUUUAGUAGGUUUAAUAAUCAAUAUUUUCAAACUUAUUUUAUCUGGUACUAGAUAUUAAAUCAAGUGUAUCAUGACGCUUCAAAAGCUCAUGUCUUCCACGUCUUGCUGACAGGCUGGUUACUCUGGGAUCUGGAUUUGCUGUUUUACCUUCAGGACGUUGUUUUCUGAGCUUUGUUGAAUGAGUAAAGUCGUGGUUUCUGUUUGAGUCAACCCUUUUUUUUCCCCUUUCUUCAGAAACUCUCAGAGCUUUAAGAUGAACGAGCUAAUCAGCCGCCUGUUCCCGACGCUGAUUGCUUCAUUUUUAUUGGCAUACAGCUUUAUUGUGUUGGUUCAUAUCCACUUUGACUUCAGCAGCGUCUAGAAGUUUUUCUGGCAAAAACACAUCAUGAUUUCUGGGUCUACAUAACAGUAUAUCACUGUUAAUCGUUGCGGUUUAAUAGAUGAGUCAAAAAGUUUUGCGGUUUCAAAGUCUUUCCAGCAAAUUUGGAGUAAAACCGUCUGCGCUUAAAUCUCCUGGUACGACAAGAACAGUCAAUCCAUGUCCACCUGAAACUCAGCGGCCUUUUGUUUAAGAGGUUUAAAGUUACUGUUAAAUCCAUCACUCCUUGCUUUUUCUUCGAUCCGUCCAUAAAAGAUAACUCAUGUUUGGGACAGCAGUUUUUACCUGACUCAUACACGUCGUCUUCAGCUCCAUCCUCGCUUUGUUACGCUAACCCUCAUCAGCAGUCUACCUUUAGCUGAGGCAUCACAAUCUCUCCACUUUCACCCAUCAAUGCUCCAUCAAGAGCCCGUCCAGCCGCUGUCAGCCAAUUGUCAUGCUAUUUGCUUCUUAUAAACCAAUCUGUCAUGCACGGUUAAUGUUUAAAGGAUAUUGUUGUGUGUGCUGUUUGCUGCGGCGGCAUCACGGGGGAACAUGAAUGAUGUGAAGCGACUUCAGGACCGCUGGAUUACGAGUGCAUCAGUUUCUUUGAUGCCAGACUUUCUCUGGAGUUUAUUCAGCUUGAUUUGAUUUUCAUUUUGAAGAAAGAAAAAAUCAAAGUACAGUGCUGCAAGUCGAAAUCAAAAUAAGCCUCUUAGUGGGCUGUGCAGAAAGCUGAGAAAACGGUGGUGUUGAAAUCCUUCACCUGAUCCAGUGUUUUUAUCAGAGCGACAACUCUUUGAUGAUGAAGUUUUUACUGGUUUAACCUUCGACACCAGGGAGUUAUUCCAUUAACACGAGUUACUCAUCCGCAGGAAUUGAAAAUAUCCGUAUAAACUCUGUAAAUGCAUCCAAACGUGACAUUAAACCUCCUUCAAACUGAACAGAAAACACAGAGGUUGUCUAACCUCCCGAUCGAGGAGAUUCGCCAUUGCAUUCGCUUGGACUUGGAGAGGAACAGUUCUAGACCUCAUUAGUUAUUUCUGUCAAAGUUGAGACGACGGCUCUUAAAAAUGAGAAACUAGUUUUUUAAUUCUUAUUAAUUUUUGUUCUAAAGAAGGAUGAAGAUUAGUCUCAGAAAUGUAGGUGUACAGAAAUAAUCCGCGGUAGGGGUGUCCUGAUACAACUGUUUUACUUCCGAUAUGAUACCGAUAUUGUAGCUUUUCGUAUCAGCGGAUACCGAUAUUGAUCCAAUAUUGGCACAAACUUGUGCAUGACAAAUUUUGCACUCUGCUGCAACGUUUUUUUCGGACUUUAAUGAAAAAAAAAUACUGCCACACUGCCGACAUCACUCUUACUCCUUGCGACUUUGUUUGUACGUUAGUACACACUUUAGUUGUGAUCAUGUUGAUCCAGGCACUGCUAGCUAGAGGUGCCGGAGCGGAGUCUGGAAUGGACUGCUUGUUUCAGAGUGCUGAUAUCGGAGAUUUAAGAUGCAGGCCGAUAUCGGACCAAUAUCAGAUUUCGUUACUGUAUCAGAACAACCCUAGUCCAUGGCUUGGAUCAAACUGGCGUUGUAGACUUGGCGUCCUUGUUGAAAAUGCAAAAUCGUGCUUUUGAAUUAUCGUGAUCCUGUGGUUGGAAAAAUCAUGAUCCAUGGAUCACAUUGGUUCUAGGUUCAAAUCCCAGCCUUGUCUUUCCCUUGUCCUGGACUCUGACCGUGCUUUUGAAUUACAAUAAUGUGCGAGACAUGAAAUUAACUUAAAGAAAAAAGCUUUGACCGGACAGGUGCAUGAAGAGUCUGGAUCCUACUCCUGACCAUGUCUCGACCAUGCUUUUGGAUUAACUCAGUUUGUUGUGAUCUGGACGCUUUGUUUUGAAGACCAGGAGUGUAGUGGUUUAGACUUCUGCCUUAAUACUCCGGGUUAUAUCGUGGAGACUUUCAAACUGAGGAAUGAAAUAAUCACUUUAGGACUAAAUUAAUCUGGUAAAUGAAAACACAACUGAAUAUAUUUAAUAGACAAAUACUGUAAAACAUGGAGGAUUAAAAACUUUCAUUUUGUGCUUUUGAACGACCAUAAUAAUCCGGUGAAAUGAAAAGACUCGUCAAAGGUUGUUUGAGGUGAGAAAGCGAAGCGGACUAACCCUUAAGCCAAAGGCUGAAAGUGGAGCAGAGCUCGGUGCAAUGUGGGUCAAUAUCUGUGUAUUCAAACCGUGCAUGGUGUCCAUGUAACCAUGGCAACCGGCGUGUUGUAGUCUCUCACUCUCAUGAAGACUGGCCUUUGUUUCUUUGGUGCAAGGACAACAGGAUGCUUCAGCUGCUGCUUGUACUUGACACUGUCUUGUUAGAGACGCAGAGAAAAAAGAAAGACUCCAUCCUUGUUAUGUGACAAAAUCGGAUGGGUAUCUGUUUUCUGUUAUGGCUGUUUUCUUCUUCUUUUAAAUCCUCUUUUUGGAGUAUAUUAUCACAAACUCACGUCAUGUUGUCCAGACUGCCUCUAAACUGAGUCUCUUAGACCAAUUGACAAAACAAACCGAGUCUUUACAUGGAAAUGUUGAUUUUGUUCAUUUUUGUCAUUUUUUCUGCACCGGUGUUACAGGUAUACAGGUGUUUCUGUUCGCUAAAGCAUGUCUGAUAUGAAACAUCACGUGUACUCCUCCUGUGCAUCACUUCUUCACUUUACAUCCUUGGCUUUUAGACGCUCACAGAUCCUCACACCUGCCUCCUCUUGCUCCUCUCCGUAUCAUCCAGUCUUGAUUAUCUAAUUUUCAUGACUGUAAUUUGCCUCACUUUUGGGCUCAGUCUCCUGUGGACACUUUAGGAACUGCACUUUUUGGCUCUUAACUCAUUCAGUUACAGGUUCAUUUAUGCAGUUUUCACCCAGUGCCAAUAGAAAUGUCUGUAUCUUUCAGGACCCACAGAAUAUCUUGUGCUUUGACUAGAAUUAAGUGCAAUAUCUCAAAAGAAAGAGGUGAUUCUCUUCUUUCACCAGGACAAAGAGUUAGUCUCUAACCAACUCCUUUUUUAGUUAUUGUCUGAUCAAUGCAGCGUGGUCAUAUCAUCUUUACCGAUCUGGAAAAAAGAAACCUGGAAAAACAUGUUUUUACAAAGUAGAGACUUUCAAGCAGAACUCUGAUCGUCUUUGAUUCAUUUCACUUCAAACUACUUUACCGGUGGCAUCAAGGUCCUUCCUCCUCGGACACCACUCAGAUCUGAUUGUGAUAGGUCACUUUGUGAUAGGUUACUUUGCAAGGCUGGAAGUCGUUUUGGCUCCCAAGAACCUGAUGCCGGACGUAAACCACACGGACUGCUCGCUGAAUUCCAAUCCGGCUCAGUCUCGCUCACCAGUACUGGCCCCAGCGGCACAACGACACACCGGAAAAUCAUUUCUUUGAUUGUCUGCUGACGACGUGAAGAUCCGGUACUGGGAUCUCCACUGGAUCCAGAGACGGUAGCAGGGCCCCACCGGAGCCGACGCGCCGAGACCGUUAGCUCUUGGCUAAUGACUUUGACAUUUUCCUACUCUUCUCAUAGAGAAUAAACACUCCACAACUAGGCUAACUGGCACGCUUGAUGUCACACUUCUCACUGAUGUAUUUGUCGGCUUUUCUGCGUUCAUAACGACCCCAAACUUAGUCGCAUGUUGGAGUGGAGCGCCCUCUAGUGGAAAACAAAAAAUGGAAAAAUCCGUCAAAAUCCAUCAUUGUCACUGAAUGAGUUAAGAAUCGACUCCUACAGAGUUCGCCGCUUGGUUUGGAAUCAUCUUCUACAUGUGGACCUCACUGAUAUCAUGUUGUAUCUCCUGCAGCCGCUGAACACCUUUAAAACUCUAAACAACACCACAAUGUUAAAGAAACACGCUCUCCUGCGAGGUUGAGUCCCUAAUGUCUCUCAGUAACUUCCAGGAUGAAAAAUGAAUCAAGGACAGGAGUUUUAAAACAUUCUGCAGGAGUAUCUCUCUGCGAUACAUAAUGCAUCAGCUGGUGUAACAGUUAGCAGAGAGAACCUCUCCCUCCCUGAUAGAUACGAGCUGUUCUCCUCACCCCGGACACACUUUCUAGGAUCACAAUUUCGCACGCUUGCCUGCUGCACCAUUUCCUACAUGUGUGCAGCAAUUCAGACGUAAUUAAUUUCUGUUUAUUUUCUGGGCGCAGCUCUGUAAAUUGAUUUCAUGGUCGCUCUUGCAUUCAAAGCUUCUGGUCAGGAAAGCAUCCUCUGCGGACCAAAGUGCCUGUUGAGGAACUGAUGCUAAUCUAGAUAGAGGGAAGACUAGAAGGAGGAGGAGGUGGGGGUUGCACUUUUUUCUCCCCUCUCUCCCUCCUCCUCCUCCUUUUCUUUCUUCUUCUCUCUCUCUGUUCAAGAUUGUACUGAUUGUGCUGCAAUAUGUCGCAUGACCGCGGCCACAACUGCAGCCCGAGGUGCAAUUUCUCUGCUUAUUAAAUCAAUGGUGUGUGGCUCUUGAAGCAGCGCUUGUGUUCGUCGCAGCCGGCUCUCCUCUCUUGACACAGAACAAAGCACACAGCUCUUGCAUGUGUUACUCAUCAAAAAAAAAGAGAAGAAGAAGAAAAAAAAUCCUCUUUUGAUCCAACAUGAAGCAUUUGCCUAAUUUCACAUUAUGUAAAAACGAAGGGAACAACUCUUUGAAUGUGUAAUAGAGAGAGAAGCUUUGAUAUGCAUGAGGAGAGGAUCCCCUCAUCUUUAUUCAUGCUCACAAACUUAUGCAUGUUGUCUUUCUUUUGCUGCAUUGCCCGUGUUUUCCGUAAAUAUUCCCUCCUGCAGGUUUUCUUUUCCACUUUUUUUCCGGAAGUUUAAGCACAGCUAAAGGUUGAAGCGAGAGAGAGAGAGAGAGAGAGAGAGCCCGCUGAGCCUGUUUGACUGUCGGCUGGGGCGGCUGAGCUGAGUGAGGGAUCUGCCCCUAGACAUUUGCUCUACAGUAUCCUGCUGACUUGCUCGCUCGCUCGCACUGCCAUAGAAACAGGGUUCCUGAGUGCGGUGGAGGCUCAUUCUGCUCAGGAGCAAGCCAGGGAGAGGAUCGAGAAGGAGGAGGAGGAGGAGGAGAGAAAGAAAGAGAGAGAGGAAAAAAGGAGACACAGAGGGAGGGAGAAGUGAGGGGAUCAAGAGAGGAAAAGUGAGAGGCGCUGUCACUGUCACCGGUGAGUACACGUCUUGUCACAGCAGAUCGAAUCAGCUGCUUUGACUCUCUUUUCCUCUUCUUUGUUGGUUUUUGAUGCUCGAUUUCUCUGGUAGCAGGUUGUCAGUUUGUUGUGGGAUGUGUGAGGAUGAGACACACGCUGCUGCUGCUGCUGCGCCUCAGACGCUUUCUGAUUCCUUUAAUCGCUCAUUAAUCCUGUUGUAACCUCUCUGUUUGCAAUCAUUGACUAACAGGCGGUAUUUACUUCUGCAUAAUGCACGCCGACUCCAAAAACUAUCUCCUGCUCUUCUUUGGCAGCCUCCCUGACUAUAUCAUCAUACUCUUGUCUAUCAUUCAUGAAGCAGCAUGUUAAUAUUUGAUUAGAGUGGAUGUCUGCAGCUGCACUUUCCUCCUCUAUCUCACACACCUCUGCCCAUUAUUACUCGGGGUAAAAUUGGAGAGAUAUUGACUCGUCCUUUCUGCAGCUUUUUAUCAAUUAUUGAACAAGUGAACUAAUCAUCUCUGAGAGCUCCUCCACCUGUUUGGCAAAGGUGAAACACUAGCGUAAAAUGUUAAGUCGGGUCACUGCUGUGUGUUUUCCGUCUGCUCCUGUUUGUGUCACUUUUUUUCUGUCCCUCGCCGCGUCCCUCUUUUUGAUCAACGUGCAUCAUGACACUUUGAUGAAGUGCCAGAGCUGCGGGGCUAAUAGGAGGGGAGAUACAGCAGGAUACCCCUGCGCCUCAUGUCAGCUCGUUGUCUUCCACGUUGUCACUCGGGAUUAUAAGUCCCCUCAGAUGUGAUGAUAAGCGCCGACUCCUGCCUCGAAUUUCACUCACUAGAGGAAAAGUACAACCUGUUAUGUGGAGCCGUGUUAAUCCUGCUUCUGUUUAUGUUUAUCUCUGCGGUUCACUCCGAUCCCCAGCGUCCCUUCACCUGUUCCUACUGUGCAGUUUUUCCUUUUUUUUCCUCCUCCCCCUCCGGCAGAAGCAGCAGCAGCAGCAGCAGCAGCUUUGAGAGAAGGCUGAAUUAAACAAAUCCAACCAGGCUUAUCAGUUUUCAGCUGGCUCCUGCCAUGACUGGACCCCGGUGGCCCUUCCUGGCAGGCUUCAUUGUGUGUGUGUUUGCAGAUUGUGACCCCGUGCAUGCAUGUGUGUGUGCGUGUGUGCAGCAGUGACAUGAUUGUGUGUGAUCUGGGCUCAGCCGCGGGGGUCGUUUGCUUUCCUCUGUGAGUAGAUUCAGGGAUUCUGGCAUUUCUCUUCCCUCCUCUCUCUCCUGUGACAUGUUUUAUGACUUCUUGUUAAAAUGUCACUCACUAAGGCUGGACUGUAAAGCGUCCCUCUGCGGGGAGCUUAGCGUGUGAACAAUAGCGCAUGGAGGUGUGAUAAACCCGGUAAAGCACACAGCUGGGAAUGCACGGCUGCAGGAUGGGCGAGAUAAGGCCCGGCUCUCUCUGACGGCCCCCACCAGGAGCAAUUUGUUUCAAUACAGAAUAAAAUUGGAGCGGAUUUUUGCCGCCUCGGGGUUGUAGAUCAAUACCCGGGGCCUGGCUUCCCACAAGAGGAAACAAUAUUGCUUUUGUAAACAAGAGGAUGUGCCACACUGACAAUGAUUGCACUUGUUCAGCGGAAGCAGAAGAAGCUAAUGUUAAAUAAAGCACCUGAGAGGAGGAGGAGAGGAUAAUCCCGCGUUCACGAGCCGGCCUAAUGUUGCAUCCCUCCUUUGUCAGAGUGAGGGAAAGCUCUGCAGGGCAGGAACUGCGACUGAAAUGCAAAUGGCAGUUCAGCAAGUGGGGAUUUGCUCUAAUAGCUGGUUCCAUUUUGGAUCUGUUUCCAGGUUGCUGUAAUACCUGGAUUUGUUCGGCUCGGAGGCAAAUGAAUCCCUGAUCGAAUCUUGUCUUCACCAUGAUAAUCUGGCGUGGCUGCAACAGGCAGAAAAUACUGAAGAACAUGCUAAUUCAGCAAAACAAGUCUGAAGAAGUUACACUGAAAUCUCUACAUCUCUUCCUGUGUUUCCUCUAAAUGAUAAAACACAUUAGCUAAAUGUCCUCCUUUUCCUUUCUGCAGUUGUGGCACAUUCUCUCGAUGAGGAGCAAAAAGCCAUUUUCCCCUCCAGCUAGAAGAAAAAUGAGCCAGGACAGGGUUAAUGAACAUCACAGAGCUGUGAGAAAACCUGUGCUGGAAACUUCACACCCUUUUAGGUAUCACACUGAGUGUGAUUCGAAAAAAGCUGCAAAGGAAGAGUCUGUGUUUUCCUUUUUUUUCACUCCUGGUGUCACCAAUGAUCAUUUUCAUUCUUUCCUUUUAUUCUUUUUCCGAUUAAUCAUCCCUUCAUUUGUGAGAAAAAGUGUCCUCAGGGAAACCCAAGCAUUGUCAGUCAACUCUAAAUGAAAUGUGAAUAUAUGUGAAGGUAUAAAAAAGAAGCCUUAAAGAAAAGUUCCCCGAAAUAAAAUGAAGCUGAGAGUCCAAAAUCACCUCCUGUUCACUUCAUGGUGCAUCACAGUCACAGUAUUGGAUAAAAAUUGAGGUUUUGAGGUUUUUAAAGAAAAGAAAGUUAAAAUAAAGGUCAAGUAUAUCUGCACACAGCUUGGUUAAUAACCUUCCUUGCAUCCCAGCCUUCUCUUCCUACUUCCUCUAAAACCGCUUUGCAACCCAACUCCUCCUUUUCUGCACCGUCUGAUCCUAAAGGUCUCAUAGGCGACGCUAAGACAGAAGAACUACCGCGUCUGCAGUGCAAAAUGAUUAAUAUGAUGAUUAUUACUUUAAAGAAAUGAUAAAGAGAUGAUCAUAAAUGUUCUUCCUUGAGCUGCGACACCCCACUGUAGUCCGUAAUGGACUGGCCCGAGGUCUCGCUAAAAACAAGUGGCUGCUGGAAGAGAGUAGGUGAGUUGUGUUUAGUCUCUUUGCUAAAGAAAUUUGGCAAACAUAAAAAGAUGUUUGGUGGCUAGUACUAUGUCUGUGACCCUAUAUGUCCUGUUGAUGAGCAAGAGGCUCUAAGUAUUGCUAUCCUGCGGUUGUUACUAAAGUUGGUAUAACUAGAGAAGCAAACAGUCGGCAAAAUUCAUCUCUCGAGGGGGUGUCUAACUAAUUAAUUUUAAUUUUAAAUUAAUUUUACGCUGGAAUAUCCCUUUAAUGUAUGCAUGUGAAACAGAGGGGCAGUGUGGGAGCAUAAACAUCUUCAUGCUUGUAAAUUUACAGCUUCAAUCAUGUAAAUUAGCAUGUUUGUUCAGUAUUGUUCUCAUAAUAUAACAACUUUAUUCUUGUAAAUUUACGACCAUAUUCUUUUCAUUCCUCCAUGUUUCCCCAAUCUUCUGUCGUAAUUUGGUGCUGGCCAAUCUACACCUUGGACCAGCCACUAGUCUAUAAAGGGUCUGACAGAUAGAGACAAACAAACAGCCAAUCGUGCACACACUCGCACCUGCAGGUGAUUUAGAGCAACCAAUUAAGCUAACGAGCGUUUUUUAGGACACCUGCAUGAACAAGGAGACGCAACGCAAAUAAAAGCCCAUAUCCAGGUAUUGUGUCUGAUUCUAGCUCACGUUGCAGCUGGAUCCCAAACCUUCCUCCACAACCUCACAGUUGAUGUUGAACACUGAGUUCUCAUCCCAAACAAAAAACAGCGAAAAUAAAUAAAGCUCCAAAAACAGCCCGAAGGCUUGCUUUCACUCCGUUUUUGUCGGACACACAAAAGAGAGUUUAAAUUUAGGCUCUUUCAUUCUACAGCCCUAAAAGUCGAUAAGAUCAGUUCCUGUGUUGGAGGUUUCAUCCCAACAUGUCUUCAGAGGGAACAACUGCUUUCAAUGGGGGUUUUAUUUAGAAGCUGGACCAAGAGGAAAAUACAGGAACUGGUUUAACGCUCUAUUUUUUAAAAGUGUUUCCGCUGUUUUCAACAAUAGCAUCAUCUAAAUCCAUGAGAGCUUCUGUGGUGCAUAAUCAAUAAUCAUUUUUCAUGAUAAGGUGACUCAAGUCAGCAAACAAACUACAGAGAGGAGGAAUGAGAGGAUUCAGCAUGCUGGUUUACGCCUUACUGAAGCCGAUAACGCUCCCCCCAUGAUGAAACGAUCUGUGAGCGCCAUUUUUCUUGUUAUCAGCUGAGCUAUAAUACAUCAUGAGGCGGCGGGUCUGCGUACACGAGGGUCCCAAAUGUCAGACCCGAGUUGAUUCAACAGAUUCGCAGUGAUGGAUGCAUCAUUUCUUCGUGCUGACUUGUUGUUGGCUGCCAUCAGUCAGGACCCGCAGGCCGAAGGUCAGGUCAGACUGAGGUCCCCGCGUCCUUAAUCUGAUGUGGUGGCGUUUUUUGUUUUUUUUUAUGUAUGAGGGCUUAAUGAGGGAGAUCUGAUCUGUCCUUGAAAACUUAAUGAGGGAAAUUCAACAUGGAGAUAAAUGAUCACUUGUUAAAGGAGGAGUUCGCUUUUCUUGGAAAUACAUCUUUUUGCAGCUGCAGUUCCUGGAGUGUCCACUAGAGGCUGGCUGCAAAAGCCCUUGAACCCACAUACACACCCAUUCUGAAAAACUCAUCUGUACAGCUGAAAAUAAACAAAACAGAGGGUCUGUUUCCAAGAGAAGCUGUUAUAGAUAUUUAUAGAUUUUGCGGUCUUUCUGUUGCACUUUUACACAUCAAACAUACUGAUCUGCUUUUGUCCAUAAAUUCUUUAAUAUUUUUGGGAGCAAAAUUCCCGUUUUUUAGUGUCCGAGGAGUCCUAAAAAAUUUGAACUUAAUCAGACUUAAGCCCAAGUUCAGUCACCAUGUAUGUUUGGUUUUAUCCAUAUACACCUGUACAUGAUAUAGCCAAGCUACUUAUGAGCUGACACAGAUUAAAUUAGUAAAAAAUAAUCUUUUUGUCCAGGAAGAUUGCUGCAACACACAGGUACUGACUAUAACUGUCUUUGCAUAAACGUCAAAUAUUGAUAUCCUGCCAUAAAUAAGCGAACAGUUAUACCAUGAGCUUAAAGCUAAGGUCGCCACAUGUUUAAAACUGAGGGGAGAUGAAGAAGAAGCAGCAGACUGCCUGUGAACUAGAUUUGAAAACAAAUUUUAUUAAAUCAAAAUGUGAUGUGUUAGAGUGUAUGCCCCCCCAGGUUACUAAUAAAUUGAACGUAUAUACUCUCUAACCUUUCUUUUCACUGUUUUCAUUCAGUUCUGUAACUUUCGAACCUAUACUGAAAGUAUCUUAAAUUUCAAAAUAAAAGCAUCAUUUAACAUACUACAGUAUAUGCAAAAAAAAAUUGAGAUUAGAGCAUGACCAACAAUCGUUUUAUGAAAGAAGUUUUCGGAUAAAUCAUAAAUCAAACAGAAUUUGAAACAGGUGAUGAAGCAUACGUAUACGUAGAAAAGUAGUUGAAAACUCUUUUCCGGUCUAAGUUUGAUCAGUCGGUCUUCCUGUCGGCGUGAAAAGCAGUAGCCUACAGUAUAUCUACAUUAUAAAGUAUACUGUAGAUAUCUACAGUAUAUAUAUUUUUACAUGUAUUUUAUUAUGACUUUAUUCUCAAUAGUAAUUACUUUAUUACAACUUUAUUCUCUUAAGUAUUAGUUUUAUUACGACUUAAUUUUCGUAAGCAAUUACUUUAUUACGACUUUAUUCUUGUAAUUACUUUAUAACAACUUUUUUCUUUUAAGUAAUUACUUUAUUACAAUUUUAUUCUUUUAAUUACUUUAUUACAACUUUAUUCUUGUAAUUACAUUGUUACAAGUUUAUUAUUGUAAGUAACUAUGUCAUGACGACUUUAUUCUCAUAAGUAAUUACUUUAUUAAGACUUUAUUCUCACGAUUGCUUUAUUAUGACUUUAUUCUCGUUAUUAAUGAUUUUAUUACAACUUUACUCUUGUAAGUGAUUACAAAGUCUUAAUUUUUUUUCUUAAUGUGACCCUAAUACUCCAUCGUACAUACCUUAUUUGUAUUUAUUAGUAUAGUUUAUGAACUGAGUUGUUUCAAAUUUCAAGUUUUCCAUAAAUUCCAUUUUAAAUCAGGAAAAUCAUGAAGGCUGUAGUUUCUGUCAGGCUGUUUUUUUGGAUCCCUCUGGGCUCACUCAGUCAGUCACUCAGUCUCUCAGUCAGUCAGUCAGUCAGUCAGUCAGUCAGUCAGUCAGUCAGUCAGUCAGUCAGUCUGCGUCCUCCUGUUUACACCUCCACCACCAACAACAACAACAGAGCGCACAAGCGUUUUGUAAUUUCCCCGUUUAUUACCUCGCUCUGUCUAAACAACUAUUAAAUAUCCAUUGCCCUCGUCACCUCUGGUAAACAAUCAACAUUUAAAUAGGCUCUAAGAAUGUGCCAAAACAAUUUCCAUUUCCAUUAUGGUUCUCCCACAUAUUCACCCUAAACCUAAUCAGGGACAUUAAAAAGCUAUAGCAUCCCCCGCAGCCCCCUACCCCUCAUACACGCAUGACAGAGUAGCUGCGAGUCAUAUUUAUCCGUCAUGAUUAACAGCUCAAUAUUUCAGGGCAACGAGGCAUUUUGAGUGGAGCGCAGGCUUUCAUUGAGCAACGCCAGCCGUGUCUACCUUUGGCCUGUAAUGGACGCCGCACAUCCAUUUAAAAUCCCUGGUGAUGAAAAUUACUGGGUCUGAAAAUGAGCCGAUUUCCACAGGAGCCAGAUUACAUCCUGUUGGUUUUUAGUGGGAUACCUUUGGAAAUUAAAACAGGAAGCGUCGGCGUGAUGGUGGAGGCGCUCCAACCUUGUAACGCUGUAAAUCUCCAACCUUUAUUAUUUGAGAGUAUCACGCCGUCCACCUGCUCCCUGGUCCCAUGAGUUCUGAUGUUAUAGGAAUUCUACCUCCACCUGGUUUAUGAUAUUCUUUCCCUGCACAUCUCAUAUAAAACAAAUCAUUGGACUUCAUAUUGGAUAUAAUAUUUAUAGCUCUCUGAGGGUAAAAUUCAUUAGCUGCACAGAGAAAGGGUAACCGUGUGUGAUGAGGCUCUGGAGGAUGAUGGAUCAGGCGGGAUGCAGGUGUACCACAUGUCAGGCGUCUGGGGAACGGCAUGUUACUGUUUCAGGCUCAGGCUGAACGAGAGCAAUGAUGAGGUGACUCAAGGUCAGGGGCUCAUAACACCUGAACUAUAGAGAGGGAGGGAUCUCUGGAUCAUACCAAAUAUAUUGCCUGAGGGGAGGUGAAGCGGAGGAGGUCAGGUGUAGCCCUGAAUGAUUUAAUAAUACAGGUGUGUGACAAGAUCAAGCUGGAUUUCAGUGGCGCUACAACUGGGGGGGCGUGUCCGGACUCUCAAUCGAGUUGGACCGAGUAUGUUGCACACAAACACAUAUCCAAGUAGCAUUUUAUCUUCAGCUUUUUGCAGCAUCGUUAGUUCGAACCCGAGUCCUGCCUUUGUUUACAGAUGUCCCGAAGCGACUAAUUUGCUUGUGUUUGUUACAUAUGACUCCAGUUCUGUGUUUAUAUGCCGAUUUAAAGCUCAUAUAAGGAGUUCUUUUACAUUAAUGAAACAGGCUCAAGUUUUGAUGCAUGAAACUGGUACAAAGAGGGUAGGUGUCAGCCUUGUCUUAAAUUUUUGCAUAAAAAGUCACAAUAAUUGAUGCGUUUGACUGUAAAAAGUUAGCAAGACCACUUUAGCAUGUAAUGGACAAGAUAAGCAAAGACUGGUUUGUCCACAGAGGGCGCCAAAAUCAACACAGGAGCUUUAGCUAGACAUAGCCUAUAUCAAACUGUUUUUCUAUUUUCUAAAUGAAAAUACCACCAAAUCACUGUUAAACAAGAAGGCAUCUGUCAUAUGUGCUUGUUUACAUCCAGGUAGUAGAGCAUUAUAGCAUUGUGGCGGUAUCCAUGGACCAAAUCUGUAGCCUGGCAACGAGAAAAUGUCCCUGUGGAGCUCUGGGACCUGUUUUAUUCUGACUGUUCUUCUAUUUGACCUCCUCGUGUUGCAGGUUUGCGGCUUUAAAGCUCUUGAAACACACUUGUGGUUUGAGAUAAAAUUAAGGCCUGACGAUGUGAAAAUGUGUUCAGGGACCCUGUUUCUUUUUUGAUGUUUUGAAGCGUAGCUACACAGAAGGUUCAAAGUGUUUCCAGACUGAUCAAGUGGAUAAUUUUAGUUGACAGCUCUGACUCGGCUUUAUUGGCCGCAAAGUAAUCCCUUCCAGAAAAUCAGCCUGAACAAGUGUGUGAACUUAAGAUGCUGUUUGUUUCCACUCUCACACUCAGACUGUAAUAGGAAGUGUCUGAAGACUGUUUUUGGAAAUGAUCUUUACGAAUAUAGACUUUUGUUUUAUUCUUAUUUUAGUGACUCUACCAAACAGAAAAACUGAAGUGAACAAACACCGUAAUUUGUUUGAGACGAGUCGGUAGCAUGCAGGAGACUCUGCUAAGUUUGCAGCUGCCCUUCAAAGAUUUAAAAGUCAAUUUCUCUCAUCAAAGGUGUAUCAUGUCAUACUUUCUUAUCAGCUUGUCAUUCAGAGCGACCUGGGUCCACAUACUCGUACAGUAUCAAUCAAUAAAGUGACCCCAACUGGUUAAUCUCUCCGUGGCAGCAUGUUCGACCACUCUGCAGGAAACUGGAGUUUGUAUCCUGUCAUCGAAGUGCGAUCGAUGUUGGCGUUGUUAAUAAUGUAUCUCCUAAGCAGCCCUGUUAAUCCAGUAUACCCGAUGGCGUCUUUAACUGAAGAUGACUGAAGUCAAACAUCUCUUGGAGUGGAGGAGGAAGAUUAGAAAUAUGUAACUACCUUUUUUUUUAACGCCCUGAGCGUGGAGAAGAUUUCCCAGUUGUCACAUAGCCGAGGGUUUUUUAUUUGGGUAAACAAGACAGCGUCCUCAUGGGCGAUAGUGCAGAGAUGUGAUCAGAAAUAUCGUAAAGCACUUCUGGAAAUACAAGCCUCGAGGACAGCCUUAAUUUUCUGUUUGGAUUAAUCAUAGGUCUCAGUAAAUUAGCUCCUUUGAUUGAAGCUCCUAUAUGGAGGUUUUUGACAUUAAUGACAAAAUAAGGGGGACCAUCUGCAGCACGAUUAACGGUUUGUUGGUGUUCGGAUAAAAUCUUCAGUUCUGUUUUUGACAUUUCUGCACCAAAGAUUUUUACAAAAGAAGAUGCAUUAGUCUCUGAAAAGUGAGCAGGAUGAGGUUUUUGUUAAAAGACAAAAAAUCUAUAAAGGAAAGAAUAUUCAAAGACUGUUAGUCCACUCAGGGUGCUAAUAAUGCAAAUAAGAAGUUUCUCAUUGGAGCUCCGGAACAGCAAUGAUUUCCAUUUUCUGAGGCGAACUUCGUUGCGGAUUAUGGACAGCAGGAAUUGUGAGAGCUCACAAAUACCUGCAGAUUCACAUGCAAUCGCUCAAUAACAAGUUGUCUUUAGCCACAGAGGCUAACCAUAUAAGCAGUAGAUUGUGUCCUUCAAGAAAGAAGCCGGUGGAAAUCGACACAUUAACUUAAUUGUUUACGAUCAGCUGCAAUCGGCGGAUAUGGCCUUUUCGUAGCCGUCCCGGAUGCGGUGGAAAUUGGGGGUUAGAUGUCAUUCGUGUUUCAGCAUUAAGUUAAAAAUUGCAUGUCAGUGUACAUGGAAUAUAUAUUUUGGAGAUGACUGAUGCUAAUGUGGAAGUGACAAAAACCGCAGUACCUUGAGUGUCCACAGGAGGCCCUAUCGGGGCUCAUAUUAAAAUUGUUUGUCUUACUCUUUCAGCUCGGCAUCAGAAAUUACAGUCAGUUGAUAACCUGUUGAUUAUUUUGUCAUAUGUCGUGUUCGAGGUGUACUACAGCCUCCUACCACUAGUUGGGACUGUAGCUCCUCUUAAUAGUUCCCGCUAUGAUACUAUGAUGUUUAAUUACACUAUUUUUUCAUAUAAACAAUGACAAAAGAAGUUACUUUGAGCAUAAUCGGGGGUGUGGUUAAUUUGACUGACAGGUGAAUGCAUCAUAGCUGAUUGGCUGGAAGUUUCUGGAUUAUUUUGAAGUUAGUUGGGGGUCAGCAGUUCACAUAUAAGGACAUUAUCCUUUGGGUGCCAUCAUGAAUAUCCAUUUUACACAGUUUGUGCUCCAAAGACAUUGAUAGGAUUUUAAUCAGUGUUAUUUUCCCAUGAAUCCUGCUAGUUUGACAUUAUUUUACAGAUUUAAUUUGAAUCUUUUCAACCCUGUGACUCCUUAUAAACUAAACCAAUAAUCAUUUAUCAAGAGGCCACACACGGCUGGUUUUUAAAAAGUCAUGUAACAUGUCUCCUGUAAGUUUUGUUAUUAAGGCCAAACUUUGAGAUGGGACUCUAAUUAAUUGAGAGCCGUGUUGUUGUUAAUCAAUGUUCAUUUAGGCUUUGCCUCACAGAGCCUGAAUGAGUUAUAACUGCUCGUGAUUCAUUGAUUGAUUUCCCAGUAAAUCCCUCAUAAGUAAUUGAAACAAAUUCAACGUCGAGAACAUCUAACGCUCAGAAAUCGUUCUGUUUUGAGACUGUUUAUUCUCCUUCCAGCUCCUGCAGUCCUCUUUAUCGUUUUUUUUUUUUUUCUACUUCUGCAAACGGCCCUCUUGAGAAAAGGCAACCUGGCGAGCAGGAAGCUGCGCGACAGAGAUAGGGGCUUCUGGUCAACAAGCAGGUUAAUUGUGUGAUAGCGCCAGAUGCUAAUACAGGCCUGAACUCGACAAUCACAGACCCGGGGAGAGCCUCCCCUGUGGCUCCUAUUUGGCUGGAGAACACGGCAUUGGAAGGGCGUUCGACCCGAUGGAAAACAGGCCAAAAUUCAAUGAAUUUUAAAGCGAGGUAAAUAUUUUAACUUUCCUGGAUGGAUGACGACGGCGUUUUGGAGCGUUAGGAGGAUUACAAUACAAGGAGGAGUCUGCACUUUGAUUAACUUCACACUUGUGGAGGAGAUAACAGCUUUCUAAGGGUCUCUCCUGGGUGAAUUAUUGAGUGUGAGUGCUGGCACGUUGUCUGAACCUGAAGAAGUCAAUUAGCAAACUAAGCUCAUCUCACGGGGAGACCAUGGGAAAGCAAGGCAUCGAGUUUGGAGAGGAAAUCGCUUAAAACAAAUGAAUAACUCAAAAAAGUCGGAUUGAACGGUGGCAUCAGCUGGGGUUAAGUAUAAAAAAAGUCAUUUUAAGAGACUUUGCAGGAGGCGGGUGAUAAAAUCCAACUGCAGAGCCGGAAAGAAAAUUAAAAGUUGUGGUUGUUUCGAUGUCAUGAACUGCAGUAAACUGCAAAAAAACAGAGGAAGUAAAAAGACCGCUAUUAACUUGAGUGCAGUUAGCUGUUAGCGUCUGGGGCUGUAUCGAUCUGGUCGCAGCCCGACAGGAUUUAGUUAGAUGUUGGAAACUUCUAUCCUCCAUAAAAGUGUGAAAGGGAUUGAAGGGUGUAAAAGCUUUAACACUUUUAACCACCGCCUGUAGAUUAUCAACAACACGGACACAUCAGUUCUCACUUCCAUCCAGCGCUAUCCUGCAGACUCAUGCAGGAAGUGAAGGAAAGAAACUCACUCUCAGAAUCGGCUAAAAGCAUCAUUCAUGAUUAGCGAAAUUAUCAUCAGAUGUUCAGAAACUUUGAUUUCUGUUAAAUGGGAUUGAUGCUCGCUUUAGUCUUUAAUUUCAGCACACUUCUUUGGUAAUAAUUGGCUGCAACAGAAUCCAUCCAUCUGAUCUUUAUUUUGAGCUUCUGGGAUUUCAACACUGGUUUAUGUUUAUUCAUCAUGUUGGAUUUCUGCCGCAGUCUGUCCUUGGGAGGCCAGUAUCCUUCAGCUGUCUCUGAGUCUGAACAUUCUCACCCUGACAGGCUCCUGGACCGUCUCUGUUGAAAAAAACAUCCCUGCUCGAGAAUAUUUGAACAUAUUUCUACUUGACAGUGUACGGUGGCCCUGCAGGGUGGAGCUGUCAAGCAGUCUGAGUGAUUAAGCUGUAUAAAAAAAAAAGGAGCAAAUGGUUUUAAGUGGGGAUUGCAGGGAAAAGGUGUAAACUCCAAAUCUUCUGUCUGUACUCCUGCAGUUGAGAUAGCGCCCCGUGUUUAGUUUUUCCGCCGGAGGCUGCAGAGUUCACAUAAUGGGAAGAAGUUUGCUGUUAUCCCUUUAAAAGUUCUGUCUGUUUAAUCUUUAUGGGGGCAGCCUGAGUGAAACUUUACCCUCAUAAAACACAACUUCUGGAGAGCUGGAAGAAACAUCUUUACCCAUCCUGCUACUUUGAGUGUUCGCUCAGCUCUGCAAUCAUUAAAACCCUUUAUUCCGCACAUAGAGGCACUCUAAAUAAAAGCAAACGACGGUGACUAAUUAUGACUCUUCAACAAUUGGACUCAACAUAAGUACUUGGAUUUGUUUCUUGGAGCCAAACUGCGUCCUGUUUUCCCAGCUGGGUUUGGUAUUCCUCUCACAGACAGCACAAAAAGAUGAAAAUGACAAAAUAUCAGAUACAUUUCUUUCCCAUAGUGUCGUUAAACAUCAUGGAGGAUAUCUUUAAAGGGAUAUUCCAGCGUGAAAUUAAUUUAGGGUCAAAAACACCGUAACACUGAGUUACACACCCCCUCUCGAGACAUGAAUGUUGUUGACCGCUUGCUUCUCUAGUUAAACCAACUUUAGUAAUGACCGCACAAUAGCAAUACACAGCGGUCUGAGGAGCCAUAAACAAACUGCAACCAAAACGCCUAUUUGGAAAUGCAAUCAGACCGAGACGCUAAGGCAGAAGAACUAGAGUGCAGUGCAAAAGGAUUAAUAUGAUGAUUAUUACUUAAAGGAAAUGAUAAAGAAAUGAUCAUAAAUGUUCUUCCUUGAGCUGUGUCACCCCGCUGUAGUCCAUAAUGGACUGGCCCGAGGUCUCGCUACAAACAAGUGACUGCUGGAAGAGAGUAGGUGAGUUGUGCUUAGUCUCUUUGCUAAUAGUCUCUAUGGCUAUAGAGUGGCAUUUUGGUUGAGGUUUGUUUAUGGCUCCUCAGACCGCUGUGUAUUGCUAUUGUGCGGUCGUUACUAAAGUUGGUUAAACUAGAGAAGCAAGCGGUCGACAACAUUCAUGUCGCGAGAGCGGGUGUGUAACUCGGUGUUACGGUGUGUUUGGCCCUAAAUUAGUUUUACGCCGGAAUAUCCCUUUAAUAUUGUCAAGAAAUUUGAAGAUGGUAAAUGGCUUUCCAAUCAUCAAGAGAGAAAGGAGGAGGCUAAAGUGAAGAGACAUCCAUCAAAUUGAAGAAAACAGAUGCAAAGCAAACACGAUAUGGUCUGGGUUAUUGCAGUGUCAAGAUGCAUUUAUGCUAGUUUUCUGCAACCUUGUGUUACAAUGAAGCCAAUAAUUCAAUUCAGGGACUGUUUAAAACACUAAAAACAACAUCCUCUUUCUUGAUAUCGACAUAAUUGAUAUUGUCCACAUGUAAAAUGUCAUAAUCUUAAGUGGCGCCCUCUUGCAGAUGUAUUGCUCAAUACAAGAAGAAGAAGAAGAGCUUUAUUGUCAUUAUACAGGAAUAUAACGAAAUUUCAUUUGGCAGCAUCUCUUUUUUUAAGCAGUGACAUGACACAUUUAUUAAAAUGUGUUUAAAAAGACGAGGAAAUAGGUAGUAAAAGAGAAGUAAACAAGUAACGUAAGUAAAGUGCAGUUUUAAGGUGUUAUAUAUAUAUAUAUAUAUGUAUAUAAAUGACAUAUAAAUAGUAUAUAUAAAUAAAUGCUGUGCAGUAGUCCGUUAAACAAGCCCUUAAAAGGACUGGUUUAUUACAAAGAAAACGUCAGUGUAAAAGUUACAGAAGACCUUUUAUGGAUGCUGACUUUGGCGAUCUAAUGUGUUGAAAAUUGUCGGUAAAGAUCUUGUUUGCAUCAGUCGGAGUUUGAGUCGGUUUUACAAACAUUAGGAAACUCAUGAGGAGGCUGUUACUGAGCUGAACAUGUUCAUCCUCUGAAAUUAAUGAAACCAUGUAAAUCGUUGGCUGUGUCGCCUCCACAUAACCCCUAGCUAACUAUACAUUAUCCUUACAUAACUGACAUCUCUGCCCGGGACAUGUCAGCACCUGUCUUGCCGCUUAAUUUGGCUUCACUUUUCUGCAGUUGGAGGACGUGUUAGAGGCUUGUCUUUAUUCUCUCCAGGGGCCUAAAAUCAUCCUCACACCUCCGACUGAUCAGCUUGGGUCCAAACUGUCCAUCUCAUGUGGAGGGGGUGUUUCAGGAUAGGAGGAUGAGGAGGAUUAAAGGAUUUACUGAAUGCCCUGAAAAAGACACCAUGGGAUACAGAGAUUCCAAAAAUGGCUGAGGUACCCACAUCAAGAUUAGAGGGUAUUAUUCCUCUCCUUAAGGAAAGGGGACAAGAAAGCCACUGCUGACAGCUCUGUGACAAAUGUAGAAGCUUGUCGUAAACUACAAGACCUUUUUAUUUCUGCAAAAGUUGGGCAAACUUUUCCAAUUUCAUGAAAUGCCAUUGAUCAUGCUUUACAAGUGUACUGUUCAUUUUCUCUGUAAAUUAUACCCAUUAAUAACAUGUCUACUUUACAUGAUCCUCUUAGCAUUCAGGCAGAAAUUACUUCCAGCACGCUGCAGUUUAUCCACUAAUGCACGAUGCGUUGCGAGGGAAGAGCAUUUCCGUGCACGCUGGAGGGUGACGAACAACCGUGUUUGCAGGGGAAGUUUGAGCUUAAAUUUGUCGAGACAUAAGUUUUGACUUUUUUUUUUUCUCCGUGCCCACAUUCACGUGUUUUUUGCAGCUCUUCUUUUCGUCCCGGGGAAAUAUCAGAUGUCAUGUGUGACAGGCAGAGAGCAUGAGUAAUAGCGGGCUACGAGGCACAGACAGCACCAGCACUCAGCGCUGUCCUCAGACGCUGGCCUGUAGUCAAAUGAGGCCAAGGGAAGACGACACGGCAGAGCUUUUAUAAGACGCUGAAUGGAAAUAAUCAGGAUGCAGAAUUUAAAUUGAACUUUUCUUUGGACUUUCUAUUCUGCUUUUGUUGUCAUAAAAUGAGUAACCUGGGCUAAAUUGCCUCGUAAAAGCUGAAUUAUCGUGGUGUGGAUUUACGUGACAGAUUUAACAUCACCUCACCUCGCUGUAAACGUGGGAAUGAUUGUGGAUAGAGAUAAUGGCAUUAGCAGGAGGCAAGCGGAAAUCACCACCCUCAGGUUAAAAUGCGACAUAGGAGUCUGAAAAUGCUGUUUUUAGGCGCCAGGAUAGAACGACUCAUAGUAACGCUUCGAAACUGAGGAGAUGCUCACACUCUAUAUAGCACAUAUUUAUGGUUGGCAUUAAUAUUUAAAGCUCUUGUGAGGAGUUUUUGGUCAGUAAUGAAACAUCAAAUUAAUACCCAUGUCUCUUUUAUCGCUUAAAAAUGCAAACAAGACUAUCAACAAGAAGAGUGGUUAGUUUUCUGUGUUGAAACCACAAAGGAAAGGGAGUUAGGUGUCAGACCAAGUGAUUAAAUCGUACGUUUUAAUGAACCAGCCUUUUACAUAUGCUAAAGAUCAAAAGAGGGAAAGAUUAGGCUUUUUUAUUACUAUUACAUUUAUUAGACUUGACCAGGAGAGGGCGCUAAAAUCAACACAAACUAAAAGUUCCUCACAGGAGCUUUAAAUUUAAGGUCCUUACACACAAUACAAGCGUUCACAUCAGCAACGUUUUCCCGUCCUGCGAUAUUCCGGCAUUUAUUUUUUGUAUCACGGUCAAGUUUUGCAUACUGUGUGUCCACUUCUGACCAAUCAGAUUUCGUGUUGUUGCGACAUCAGAUUCAUUGUUAUAUCCAACAUGGCCGACCGGCUGAUUGUUUACAUGUCGGAGAAGAUAAUGACCUGAAGGAAAACUUGUGGAGAGUCAUAGCGUCAAAAUUCGCCUCCGAAUAUUUCGUAAUUUCGUGUCGUAUCUUUGCGUCGUCCCGGUGUUUAAGGACCUUGAGUCUGAAGAAAAUUGUCAAAGUUGAGCACAAUUUGAUCAAUCAGUCCGUGGUUGGAUGAUGUUGAUGGUUUUUUGGGGUGUGGCGAACAAGAGUUGAGCUAGCACCACCAGUCACGCAUUGGAAAUUCUGGUCAAGUAUAGUAAGAUUUUAGGGCUGCAACUAACACAUAUUUUAAUAGUUGACUUGUCACUGACUAUUAAAAUCAUUAGUCGACUAAUCAAAUAAUUAUACCUUCUCCUCAAAUAUUCAUGCAUCACCGACAUGCUGCGAUGACAUGCAAGGUCUGCUUUGCAAAUCUCGCAAGGGUUUUAAAAAAUUUUUUAUCCACCUUAUCUCGGCUAAAGUGCUCCCAAACUUUGGAGGUUUUGAGACGCCUGCGUUAUUAUGCAUGUGUGACUCUAGGCAGAGAUCGCAAUGAAGUAAGACGCCUCACUCCACUGGUAAAAACACGUCUGGCAACUGGAAUUCAUUGUUGACCCUUUUCAUUAUCGAUUUUUUGUCGACAAUUUUGACUAAUCAUUGCAGCCCUGUUAGAUAUUGAUUAUUAGUUUAACCAAUCAGGAGUUUUAAUGACUAAAGAGGUUGAUAUUGAGUUCUCGUAGUCGACUGAACAUGCACAUUUACAGAAAAUGAUUUUUUUAAUGACUUGGUACAUAUGAAUAUAACCCUCUAUUAACACAUGCGGAGCAAGAGAGUGUGAAACUGCCUCUUUACAUGAAGUAAUUCUUAAGUAUUCAAUAUGACUGAUCUGGUCUUUAUGUGAUGUUUAUUGUAAUUGCUUGUGUUAUAAUGCACCCUUGUGUCUCGGCUGUACUUCUCGGUGUUUAUUCUACCUUUUCUAGCAUCCUCCGAUCAUUACUUUUAAUCACCAAUCUACAAACCUUUCAAUCUCAGCGUCCUCUAAACACUAGAUUUAAGAUUUACUGGUGCAUCCCUGAACAUAAUACUCUUGUUUUUCUUUAUCGGACAUGUUGUUCUUGUUGCUGCACAAAUGUUAUUCUUGUAAGACGUUAGAGAAAAAGGUCAACAUGCAUUGACCUUCUAGGAGAGCCUAGGCGCUGUGCAGAAUGAGCAGCGAAAGCUCCGGACGACUGAGUUAUAACUUAAGAGCACAGGAAGUGACCUAUUCAUGAUACAUUGGGAUCAAACUGUAGGUGAGUAGGUACCGAUGGAGUCGCAGCUUAAUCUCCAAAAGUAGAGGAAUAAAGAGAGCGGUGUAACAAAGCCUCUCAGACAACAAUCCCUUUGACAAAAAGAUAAAUUGCAGCCCACUCCUGAAUCUAAUUAUAUUUGUACAAUCCCCUACAUGCAAAAUGAAUUACAGCCCCUCCUGUACGAACCAAAUUCUGUAUCCAGCCCCCAUCCUCACACCACAGUCUGCAGUCGAAGUAACUCACUCUGCUCAAACAGCAUCUUGACGUCUCUCUGACCUGUGCGUGUUCCCGUCAGCCGAGCGGACUUCUGCUGCCGAAGAUGAGUCAAUUCAAAACAGCAAACAGGGGGGGAGGACACGGUCCUCGCUCUAAUGACUGGGUUACUAUGGAAACCAGGUCAGAUAUGAAAGCGCUAGAUGACCAAAAAAAAAGAAAAGAGAAAAGAAAAACCCUCAGGCUUCACUUUGCUCUGUGGCUUCACCUCUGAAUAAACCUAAUUUAAUUUGUACACACACACACACACACACACACACACACACACACACACACACACACACACACACACACACACACACACACACACACACACACACACAGUUAGAAACUUGUGGUUUGUCCUCAUUAUUAUGAAAGUCUAACUAGGAAAUGAUUAUUUAUGAAAAUCUUGGCAAAUAUGGAUUAAUUUCAUGUGCUUCUACGACACAGCAGCAAACAGCACUGGGGUAAAAGACACAUCUGAUCAAUUAGAUAUAUUUUGGAUCAAUAAAACCCCCUGAUUUUGCAACCUUUAUCUCUUAUGGAAGUGUAGUAUGAGCAAACACAUACACACACAGAUACAUAGAUAUUAGAAAAUGUGUGUUUUUGGAAUAUAAGCGAACAAAGUCCAAAGAUUAAGACGUGAUUCAGGUCUCAGCUUCCAGGUGCAUAAUGGCAGUCAAAUCUUCUUGAUGCUCAACUACCAGGAUGUAAACAGACCCAUUAAACAAACCAGAUCCUGUAGCAAAACCCAGUUAAUGUAGCAAUGUGUAAGGUGUUUAAACUUCAAUUAGAUUCAACUUUAAAGGGUUACCUCCUCAAGAGAUGAAUGUUGCCGACCACUUACUUCUCUAGUUUUACCAACUUUAGUAACUCAUUUCUUUAGCAAAGAGACUAAACACAACUCACCUACUCUCUUCCAGUAGCCGCUUGUUUGUAGCGAGACCUCAGGCCAGUCCGUUACGGACUACAGCGGGGUGACGCAGCUCAAGGAAGAACAUUUAUGAUCAUUUCUUUAUCAUUUCCUUUAAGUAAUUAUCAUCAAUAAUUUUGCUCUGCAGACGCGGUAGUUCUUCUGCCUUAGUGUCUCGGUCUGAUUGUAUUUCCAUGAAGAAAUGAUCAUAAAUGUUCUUCCUUGAGCUGCUUCACCCCGCUGUAGUCUGUAAUGGACUACAAGCAAGCGGCUGCUGUAAGAGAGUAGGUGAGUUGUGUUUAGUCUCUUUGCUAAAGAAAUUAGUCAAAGUUAAAAAGAUGUUUGAUGGCUAGUGCUGUAACGGGGACCCUACAUGUCCUGUUGAUGAAGUUAGGUGCUGUUCUGAGCAUUAUUUGUUGCUAUAGAGUGGCGUUUUGGUUGAGGUUUGAUUAUGGCUCCUCAGACCGCUGUGUAUUGCUAUCCUGCGGUCGUUACUAAAGUUGGUAUAACUAGAGAAACAAGCGGUCGGCAACAUUUAUCUCUCAACAGGGUGUCUAACUCUGUGUUAUGGUGUGUUUGACAAUUAAUUUUACGCCGGAAUAUUCCUUUAAGUGAAGUAUGGAUUUUAGUAACUUGGUCUCAGCCUCAUGUAAUCAUGUGAUAUAAUCAACUAUGCACAACCAUCUUCUCUAACAAUGAUGUAUUUACAGGACGGUACAUGAAUAAGCUCUUAAGAAACAAUUGAUUAUUUCUAGACCUUCAGUGACCUCCUUCUGCUGCACUAUUUUGUUUUAUUUAAACUAAAGUGAAAUGCAAAAGGAACUAUGAAGUCCUCCUGAUCAGAGGUCAGUUUGCUGUUUCGAAUGCACCGCCUCACUUCCUCGCCCUUUGCACCUGCCCCCAAAAACCCACCUGAAUGAGCUUUUACACUGAGAUUGAUUGAGCGCCUUAAGUAUUGACCCUGAAAGGUGUUUUCGGCUUGAAAGAUCCCGACAAGACCCCCUUUUUGAUUGACUGCGAGAUUGUGGUAGCCCUCUCCUGCGUGGCGUGGGCGUGAUCAUUAAUAGUGCGUUAAACCCCGGGGUCAGAGCGGGCUCAUGCUGUCAGGGGAGGUCGUGUCCAGAGGGAGUAAUAUGUUCACAAAGCUCUGCUCCAUUACCCAUCUGUCUGGAGAGAAAAUACAAAGACUUUUCCAUCACUCUCUGACUGUCUCGCUCCUAGUUGAACCUGCCUCCCCCUCUCUCUCUCUCUCUCUCUGUCUGUCUCACCAUAUUUGCAUCGUUAGUUGUCUACUUUCAGUACUCUUAGACGAACCAGCAUCGCAGCACCAACACCUCUAUUUUUGCCGUCAAUAUGGUGGGAAUUUCUCACUUGCAGCUCUGUGGUUCCCUCAUUAACCUCUUCACACCUGAGAGAGAAACCUGAUUCACAUCUAACAUUUACAGUAACUGUAAAACUUAUCAUAAACCACAGCUCCUACAUGCCUGUAUCGCUUGCAACACCUGUCGAGGUGCAUGAGAGGCCAGGCGGUGUAUUUUUAGAGCUGAACAAAAGGUCCUCACAGCACAGUAGAGCAUUUUUAAGCUCUACUUUACAGUGUAGGAUAUUCUGCUGGAGUUUAAAGAGACAGGUGUCUGCUGCUGUUCUGGAAACAUCUGGAGGCUGUUAUUACAUGAUGUGUUGUUUGGCAUACGACAAACAGUCAGACAGAGUCGGUACUUGCGUGUGAAGCUGAGGCUGUGACAAAUAGUUCACGGAGGGUAGGGUACUUAAAAACUCUUGACGGGUGAUUGCUGUAAUUUGCAUCAAUGUUCGCUCUCCCCUGAGUCAGGCGAAUCUGAACAGACUAAGUGUCACUUAUAUCAGAACAUGUAAUUAUGCUCUGAGAUCCUAUGUGGAGAAAUGGACAUUAAAGAUCCUAUAGGGAGUUUUUUUGAUGGCUUAAUUGCGAUGCAUCCUAAUGACCAUUCCGACAAUGUCUUUAUGAUGUUUUUAAUGUUUGAAACGACUAUGAGAGAGUUUAUACUAAUAUUCCCAAUGAGGGAUGAAUCUCACCAUCAAAAGACAGAUAAGAGCAACAGGAAGUGUCCACAAGGGGGCGACAAAAUCAACCCAGAGGGAGAGUUAUGCUGUCUUCCAGUUAUCUCGGAAGUCAGAUGUCGGAGCUGGGAAUGAUGCUACACCAGAGUUGACGGCAUUUCAGUUAACAAGUCAGAAAACCAAGAUGGACGCCUACCUUUAGCCGUUGUCAGUUGUUGUUAGCGGUUGUCAGCUGUUACAUAACACAGUAUUUCACUCUUACAAGUGUUCACAGUUAGUCAUUGGGCAGUACAACAUAAACCACUUAUUUAAUUUCACAAAAACAAAACAAAAGUGCUGAUAAAUAAUGCAUUACAAAAGCUUUUACUGUUACUCUUCUCUGUUGAUGCACUGCGCUGCCAUCUUGGAUAAUGACGUUGUCGUUAAGUUGCAGUUGGCGACAACGUCCAACUUUCCGAGUCAGAAAUCCGAUUUCAGGGGGGUGUUCAAGACAGAUUUCCAACUCGGAGCUUGGAAAUUCCGACUUCCAGGUACAACUGGAACGCAGUAUUUCUCACUGGAGCUUUAACUGACAAGAGAUAACAGGAAGUAAGAUGAAAAUGUCGGAGGAAAUCUCACAUUUUCAGUUUAUUUCCAGUAUUUGAGAAACUCUCUGACGCCCCUAGUGGACAAAGGGUGGUGUUACCUAACUAAAUUAUCUCUUCUUAUUGAUUUCAAUAGUAAAAUUGAUUACUUAAUUUUAAUAAUUGUAUCGUGAAAGUAACCUAAACAGGCUGUUUUUGUACUGCACCCACCCCUCACAGCAGUUACAGGCAUUUAACACAACAGUAUAGAAAUUUUAAAUCUUGACUUUGAUGGUUUUGUUUGCUUUUGGACAUCAUAGAAAUGAGUCAUGGUUUAUUUCGGUCAGUUUUAAAACACAUUAAAAUCUCCUACAGGAGCUUUAAUUGUCAAAAACAUCCAAUCAAAAUAAAUCAUCUUUAAAACUUACUGAUUUGUAUCAGAAAACCGUCCCUUUAAAUUGUCUCUUACCUCCUUAAUUCAUUAAGAAUAUCUAAAGUAAACCAGCUGCCCGUACAGCUGAUUAUCGCCCGAAUUCAAAGGUAUUUUAAUCACAGACUUGAUGUCAAAAUUGAACAAUAAGUCAUAUAUAGUCUAUGAGGCCAACUGCACAGACAACAUAUAGGUUAAAAUAAGUCUUUUAGACCAAAAGCUGUUAAAAUACUAAAUUUCUUACCCUCAAAUUCAGAGCCUUCAUGUUGAAAAUUCAAAGUAAACGCCCAGUAAGCUGAAUUUAUAGCUUAGCCAGGCGGUGCAGAGAUUUCGAGUCUGGAGGAUUUAUGCCUGAGGAGGAUUUCUCAGCUGUCCACAGCCCUGGCCUCUCUAUGUCAUCUGAGAUUUCACACAGCUCUCCACAAAGCUUCACCCUCACUGGACUGUCGCUCGCAGAGUCCUCACCCUCCGUCACAGCAAAUCGAAGCAGACCCCUCUCCGUGCGCCGAUAUAAAGGCACUUGUGGUGACGAUCUUCGGCUACAAGAUGCUUUGACAGCCGAGAAAUCAGUAUCUGAGGAUGUAACUUGGACUUGUUUUACUUUUUGCUCUGCAGAAGAACCCUUCACAAUAAGAGUUCUCUUUGAGAGGAGGUUUUAUGAGUCUGACGCUGUGGGGCACUAAAAAAAUCCAGUCAACAGAGAUCCUCAGAGUCAGUGAGACACUCAGAGGCUGAGCGUGAGGCAUCAAAACGACUUAAAUCUUCCCGGGACCCAGAAAAAAGUUAAAGAAUUUGAGCAAUUUCAAGAUGUAAUAUGUCUAAGAGAUGAAACGAACAUGUCAGUGAUUUUUUUCAGACACAGUUUUUCUUUAUAUUUCACAGGAUGUCCUUUAACAUGGAUAACAGAACAAUAAAUAGAUGUUUUAAUGUCAUUCUUGCAGCUCUGUGAUUGAUCAAAGCUGUGCUGCAACAUCAGGACCAAAUUAAACAAACAUAAAAGUUAAACAGUGUUAAUCUUCGGACAGUUUCAAUCGUGUUUCAGAAACACAUGGUCAGUUAAAGCUCCUGUGAGGAACAUAUCUUGUCCUUUACAUACUACCAAAAAGUCAAACUGUUGACCGUCAAACGUGUCACUUUUAAAAACUUGGUUGUUUAUUUAGCUUCUCAGCUGACACAUACCCCCUUUUAUUUAACCCAUUAAGACCUGAACCCUGUCUGAGACACGCCUCUGAAAUCCUGAGGGCCGUUUUGAGAAGGGCCCUCAGAUCCUGAGUGUUUUUUAAGUGUUUAGGUUUACAAAAUGAUAUCUUGGCCUCUGUAGUAGAUAGAAACAAAAGUCAAAAAGUAUUUGAGAGCUUACAUGUGGCUAUUUGUCCAAAUCUUCAUCACAUUAUUGAAAACCUUGAACAAACAAACUCUGAAUAUAAAAACUCUGAAAUAAAGCGGCUGUAUAAAUCAAAGUUAAGGCUCUGCUCUGGAGAAUAACAAACAAUUUGAUUUCUGUUAAACAAGUGGCAGUCAUGAUAAAGUGUCCAUUCAAUACAAAUGUAAAUGUACAAAAUAAAGUGUUUAAAGGUUUGCAGCUGCCGAAGUAUAGUGCCAGAACAAAAGCAGAACUAAAAACUAAUAAAUAAAUAAAUAAAUGGCUGACAGUGUGUUCAUCUCUGUGCUCACCCAAAGUCAUGAACACUCACAGAAAACACAGAUGGUAUGAGCCAAAGCACUCAAUAUGAAGAGGUUGUUCCCACCGCUUAUAGCCAUAGACUAUAGGUCCACCAGCUCUCUCAUUUUCAGGGAGAAGUUGACCAAAAACAUUGAACCAGAAGGUUCAAAUUGUGGUCGUCAACGUCAUCAUUUCUGUCAAUAUCUCUACCUUCACUAAGGCUGGAUGCUUCUCCUCCGAUGCUGCCUUCUGCCUCGAUCAUUGUUUACUUUCUUCACGAAGCACGUAACAAACCCAAGCAUGAAUCCUAUCACUUUAUUAAGCUUUAUUAGCCUAUCGGCGCUCCCGGCUUGAUGGGGAGAAAUGCAAAGCAGUGCCACCGGUUUGGAAGGUUGUAAUGUGAUCGCCUUGUUUGCAUUUGGAUAUCAUGAAAAUAAAUUUCAGUGUGUUUCAUAAUGAUGAGAAAAAACCUCAUUGCAGCUCUAAAUCAUGUCUGAAUGGAAAUGUCUAACAGUGUGAGGUGAGCUGUGUCGGCCAUCUGCUCGUCUCACACUGGCAGAGCGAAACUUUUAAGUCUCUCACAUUUUUCAAAACUGUCUUAAGAGCUGAAAAAAAUCCUCCAGCUCGUGCCAGACUUUGGUUAAAACUCCUCCUUCACGCCUACAAACACUUCUCAGUUUGAAGUGAUCCUAAAGAGAGACAGCUGAGUAGAAAUCAUUGGUUAAAAAAAGCUUAUAGCUUCUACUCCUGACAUGUUUUACCUGAUAAAUCUGUAAUAGGAGUGAUACUUUCCACAGAAAUGAUCUGGAGUUGAAAAGAGAAACAUGUGAAAUGGGCGCUCUUUGGUGCCUCAAAAUCCACUCCACAUGUGAAGUACGAGGGUAGAUGUGUUCUCGAUGACUGGUACUAACAUAUUUUUAGCGAACACUCGGUCAUUUCUAUCUUGUUUGAAUCCACUCUGUGCAGAUGAGCCCAUUACACCCAAACUAAAAGUUUUCUUUUGCUUCAAUAGAUGAUUUUUUUGUGUAAUUCACAGAGGUGGGGGAAAGUUCCUAUGUUGCAAGUCCAAGUCGAGUCUCAAGUCCUUUGCUCUCAAGUCCGAGGCAAGUCCAAGUCCUUACCGUUUCUUUCAAGUCAAAAACAAGUCAUUUCAAAGUCAUAAACCAUUUGUUAUAUGUGAAGAUUUACAUCAAUCAAUCAUGAGCAUUUUUCACUAUUUGCAUUUAUUAUUAAACAAGGGUUCUUGUUUGUGUGAAGUUACAUAGUGCAGCUUUAACCAAACUAUUUUACAUGUCAUACAAAAAAUAACCAGAUAAACUUCAAUAAUUGGAAACUUAGACAAUGUGCACAAAAAUAAGGAAGACUCAAAUACAAUUAAACAUUAAACUGAUGCUCUAAUUCACUGUUCCAAAACAAAACAAAAGAGAGACACGAGGCAACACGUGGAAACAGGCGGGCAAUACCAGCGAGCGAUUUAUGUUCAGUCCUCCCGGUGUUGUCGUUAUGAGGGAGGCUAGAGUUUGAGACAGUGUUGCCAAGUUUCAUAAGAGAAAUAAGGGACAUUUUUGCAGGAAAUGAGCAGACUUGGCAACACAACACGGUGUUACCAAAGGCCGUAAUUCCUGACUAUUAGUUGAUGCGACACUUUUUUAACGGUUUGGGCUGUAAGGUAUUAAGUGACUUGAAAAGACUUGACUUUUCAAGUCACUGAGCUCAAGUCGAGUCAAGUCUCAAGUCUUUAGCAAUCAAGUCCCAAGCAAGUCCAAGUCAUUUCUUGAUCAUCAAGCAAGUCAAAAACGGGACUCAAGUCCAAGUCGAGUCUCAAGUCGAGUUGUCAAGCCCCCACUUCUGGUCAUUCACCACCUGACAUGCAGAGGAGUCAGAGUUUGUUGAUUCUUACAGUGAGGAAAGUUUGAGCCUGUGAGAUAUCAGAAAAGAGCUUCUCCACAGUCCUGGGACUAGACUUCACAUGUGUACAGAAAGGACCAGUGAGACACCCCUCAGUGUGAGUUAUUGUAGAUAAAUCCUUGUAAUCAGGGCGUGUGGAAAAGGCCACCCCAGCAGAAAGUGGAGAGUUGAAUUCAAUCUGAGCUGAAAGGUGUAAAAAACAUCCCAAGUAUGAACUGGUGAGGUAUAAUUAGUUUAAAUCCAGAGCAGAGCGGCUCUGGUGAGUGUCUCAGGGGUGAAGAGCAGAGAUACACAGUUUUCUCUUUUUUCUGUUUGUUCCUUCAGUGUCUGCGCUCGUCAGCAUUCCUGCCGCGUCUCCUGCUCUUUGUAUGCAGCUUGUUCCGGAGGAAACAUAUUCAAAAACGCCGGGAAAAAUAAAUGACUGUGGCCUCCGGGUUUCUUUUUAUCGGUUUCACGGUGGAAAUCCAAGAGGAGUGGUUUCUCUGUAUUCUCCUUUUUUUCUCAUGUUAUUGUAAUUACUUUUCCCUCAAAGCGUGUCCAACGCGAUAGAAAAUGAUCCGUGUGCAUGUGUGCGGCUGCGUGAGCUCAUACGAAGGGUUAAGGUUUGAAUUCUGUUUACAUAUAAUACCUCUUUACCCCUGGCUGAACUGCAGACUAAUGGAGGUUACUCUAAUAUUUAUGAAACAUCUCUCAGCACACUUGGCUGGAUGUCUGGAGUCUAUAUGAAAAGCACUGAUACAGCACUGGAAACUCGUGUCCUAAUCGUCUCUUUCUCUCUCUCUCUCUCUCUCUCUUUUCUCCCCCAUGUUAUCACCAUCUGUUUGUCCAUAUUGUGUGAUCCUCUGUUUCUGGUCCCCGCGGUUCACCACCAGACGCUACUUUUGGCCUCCUGCUCGGUGUGUUUGUGGUCUGCGGCCUGGCUCUGCUGGGCCUCCUUACGUUCGUCUCCUGGAAGCUGUGCCUCGAGCCUUGGCGGACUAAAGCCCACUUCCCCAGCCCGUCCCUCACCCCCGACUGCGGCCCAGAACACUGCCCUCUGCAGCCGUCCACCCCGCUGCCCAGUCCCCAGCAGCCGCCGGUCACCAUGGCGACGGAGAAGGUGAAAGACCCCGUGGGCUCGAUGGGUUUCUUGGAGGCGGCUGUGAAGAUAAGCCAUACAUCCCCUGACAUCCCCACUGACGUGCAGCUCUCCAUGAGGGAGCACUUCCUGAGACGCACACAACGCAUGCAGAGGCAAACCACUGAGCCGGCUUCCUCCACCCGGUUAGUCUCACACACACACACACACACACACACACGUACAUACAUGUGAUGAACCAGGCAGCACACACACUCACUUUGAGGCAUUUAUUCUGAUCACAACAGGCUCAUUUUAGGUCUCUGAAAACCACGCUUGAGUGGUAAGCUCCAGAAAUUGCUUUAGUACAGACAGAAGCAUAAACCCAAACUGUGAGCUAUGAAGCCUCGGCGCAGAAACAUCGAUACGGAGCUGCUUUAACUUCAGCACACAGAGGAGAAAACCAGCACUCCUCAUACAUCACUAAUGAAAGUGGAAAUUUCUCGAUCUAAGCAAUUCAGCGGCUAAAAAGUUAAUUAUAAUAAAUACUGUAGAUUGUGUUGUCCUCGGCCUCGGAGCCUCUUCUGCGCAGGUCAUUAUGGUAAAACUAAUUAUAUGUAAUGGCUUCUUCAUGAGAACUCAUAAAAAAAUACACUUUCCUUGAGCUGUAGUAGCAGAAAUACUCAUUUCCUGGAUGUUAAUAAGUGAACUCUAGUUUUCCCUUCUGCUUAUUAUGCAGUUCUCCUGUGGAAACACAGUGUGUUGUUCUGGGAGCAGAGAGGAGCUCAGUGUGGGGUUCAGACACAGACCACUGGGGACCACAAAACCCAGGUCCUCUAUAGACUCUCAGUUCAGCUAUAAGAGGAGUCAGUGUGAACUUCUCCCAGAGUGUUUUUAAGAUUCUGUGUUUGGUUAUGAGACUGAAUUUGUCAUGUGGUGGAUGGUGAAAACUGACUAGGAAAGUAUCCUAAAUUUAAUAAACUCUGAUAAAUUUCCAUAGAACAUGUUUGUUGUUGCUACGUCCAAGCAUGACCGGGUUUAAAGAGCGGUACAAACACAUGGUUCUCAGCAAGUACAGGGAGGAAGAAGGACUUUAGCCAUCAGGUGUUUUCAUAAAUGAUUUAUGUUCUUGUUUAUUUACUCUGUUUAUUUUCUAUUUUUUGUAAAUAUGAUGUAAAUUUGUUGGAGGGACUGAUUGUUAAUUGAGUAAGGGGAAAGAGGUAGCUUUAAAUAAACAUACUGCUUCAUCCUUCUCCUUUUCGGACAUGUUGGGUUCACAUUAAUAUUAUAAGUAUUUAUUUAUUUUUCCUUUGAUUAUUGUUGUUGUUGUUUUGAAUAUUCUCAUUGGUUUUUUUUGUCUGUUUGUUUGUUUUUAGUUUACUUUCUUGUGUUGCACCUACAUGUUCGAAUGAAUACAUAUAAAAUAAAGAAUAAAUAAAAUAAAAUUAAAUUGUACUUUUGAGGAUGCUGUUAUCUCAGGUGUCUGUUCUUUCCCAGUAUUAACUAUAUGAUGCUUUGUGCGUUAUGUUGUUUUAGAUCGUAUCAUUAAUCUAUUGUUAUUAUGCGGUCAGUUGUUAGAGUAAUUAAUUCAUGUAUUUCACAAACGACUGAAUUGUUCACCUUAAAUCAUGACAAAAUAAAGCUAAUGUAGAGAUGCCAGAAGGCUGCAGUUCCCCAAAUAUCCACUUGAGGCUGUCUGCAGAAUCUGGUUCGAAAAAUAUCUCUUCUUUGUGUCUGAUCUGGUGGCAUAUCUUCAACAGCAGGGUGUUUUAAAAACAUAACUUUUUAAAUAUUUUGCUCCUUAUCCUGUUAAACCAUGUGAGAACACAGCUUGUUACCCAGGAUUUCCAACGCAUCCGGAACGGCUCCGAUCCUGAACGGCGGGCGAUUUUUGCUGUCCGCCAACUCCUACCAGAUCCAUUUGUGAGGCAAAUUUCGUGGCGGAUUACGGACUGCAGGAAUCACGAGAACUUCCUCCUUUGGUUACGAUCAGCUACGAUCGGCAAAUACAGCCUUUUCGUAGCCAUCCUGGAUGCGGUGGAAAUUGAGGGUUAAUGACAUCGGUUCAGCUUUGUGUCAUUUUAAAAUGGCGAGCGUUGACAGGCGGUAUGUAAGCUACUGGAGGAUCUCAGUCUUUCCCAAAGCUUACGUCAGGCACUGCAGGUUACCGGGUACAAGGUGUGGAGAAGUUUCCCAAAUCACAGAUCGUCUGUGAUCUCACGUCCACAUAGGACUCUGAAUAACUAUCAUUGUUGGAUCUUUAUUCACACUUUAUGUUGUCCUGAAAAAAACAGAAGUCCAUCAAUUUUCUGCUCCUGUGAAAACUCUACAGUAUUGACUGUUGUCGGGGAACAGUAAGCUUCCUCUCAUUGUUAACACACCUUCUAGAUAGAGUAAUAAAGGCCACAUGCCAAUAGUAAUGUGCUCUCUCAUACAGGAAAGGAAUCAGCCAGCAGUCGCCUGUUGUCUUUGAUCAAUACCUAAUUUACCAGAAGAUGUGUGGUGGCAUAAGAUUACCUAAUCAGUAACCUUCAUCAGUGCGAGGUCUUAGUGUGUCCCCUGAAUAUAAAACCUCUGCUAAUUUGAGCCCCUGCAAAACAAAUCCUAAUUUCUGGUCUUUCAUUUCCCAACAGGCACAACUCCUUCAAAAGACACCUCCCCAGGCAGAUGCAAGUGGGCAGCCUAGACCUGGGAAAUGACUACGUGUUGGACAAAGACGAGAAGUCGACCAGCAUCGGCCGCAUCCAGCCGGAGCUCUACCAACAGAAGACUUUGGAUUCAGAGGAUUCGUCCAAGAACGGCAGCAGCAAAAACUGCGGCUCCAUCAACUUCUCCCUCAAGUACGACUAUGAGAACGAAGCUCUCCUGGUCAACAUCCUCAAGGCCGUGGAUCUACCUGCCAAGGACUUGUGCGGCACAUCCGACCCUUACGUGAAGGUCUACCUUCUCCCCGACCGCAAGAAGUUUCAGACGCGAGUCCACCGGAAGACGCUCAACCCCACGUUCAGCGAGAGCUUCCAGUUUCCUGUGCCUUACGAGGAGCUGGCGGUCAGGAAGCUGCAUAUGAGCGUCUUUGAUUUUGACAGGUUUUCGCGGCACGAUAUGAUCGGGGAGGUGGUGCUGGACAACUUGUUUGAGACGUCGGAUCUCUCCAGGGAGACGAACAUAUGGAGGGAAAUCCAAUACGCCACCAGUGUAAGAAUCUAUCAGCUUAUUGUGUCUUAUAGAUUCAGUAUCAGAUCACUGACAGGAAAAGAUGCUUUUAUUCCAGCUCAUGAAGAGUCAAUACGUAGAAGUUCGAAUUUCAACCGAGUCAAUGUCCUCGAUGGACCAAACAUGGAGAUUUUCUUCAACAAAGGGGGGCGGGUUAAACCAGGACAGUCCUGCACAAACGAGGCCACUUUGGAGCUCAUGAUUUGCUGCUUCAUCUUCCUCCGUACAGCCGGUUGUUGUUUGAUAUGCAGCUUGAUCGUGACCCCUAUUAACACCCCCGUACGAUCAAUGUUCCGCCUGUCGAAUGAUUUCCGCCGCGUCAGAACUUUUCUUCGGCUGUCUUGCACUUUUUCGCAAGUCCGCCGUCUCGCAUGAUUACGUCGGAAAGAGGCGUUUAGGCCCUAAUGAGCUGGUUUGAGUGCUUAGAUUGUAAUGAGCCACGUUGGCGUCCGUUGUGGGGUCCGUGCUGACGCAGUGGCUGGGGUUGAAUCAGAGCUAUAGGCAGGCAGAUGAAAUGCAACCUGAAGGAGUUCUCAACAAAUUUAGACUGCCGUCGUCGUAUCUCGAUAUUGGGGUGGGGGAUUAUUACACACAUUACGGCAAUCCUUUACUAACUGAACAGACUCUGAGCAUGCUUUUCCAUUUUAGUUCUAUCCAGUCCAGUUCUGAUUCUGGCUCUUAUCGAUUCUAAAUUCCAGCUCCAGAGUAUUUUGGAGAGGAAAGAAAAACAAACAAAUAUAAUCCUGCCUUAACUGGGCUUUUCAUCGUGUAUUUCUAAAUACUUUGGACCCAACUCCUUCACCAUUAGUCACCCUGUAAAUCUCACGCUUUGUUGCAGAGUUUCUGCACAACAGGGUCUCUUAGGGUCUUAAAUGUUCAAGCAUGACUCAAUUCAAAAAACAAUAUAGAAAAUGUAUUAUCAUGAGGUACAAGGAGGGAAUGUCACAGUAACAAUGCACACCGCUGAUUAUUGCAAUUAUAUUAUAUGCAAUAUAUAUAUAUAUAUAUAUAUAUAUAUAUAUAUAUAUAUAUAUAUAUAUGUUUUAUUUAUAAACAAAGAUUAAAAAAAAAAAAAAGAAAACAUUUAGUUAUAGUGUUUAAGUUAAGUUAUAUGAGAUCGGUAACAGAGGGGUAAGACUAGACAAGUCUUUGACUUCUUCUUACCCCUUUUUUGGACAUGUGGAUACUCUGGUUUUGUUGUUGUUCUUAUUUUGUUGUGAUAAGUGAGAUUGAUGUGCUUCUAAGUGAGGCACUUAUUUUAUUUUAUUUUAUUCUUAACUGUUGUUUUGUGUGUUUUUUUAUAUACAUUUUUUUAACCAUGUCCAGAAAUAAAUAAAGAAAUGAAAUGAAAUAAAAUAAAUAUUUGUUUACCUCAACUGAAACGCUAACGUUCAGUUUCAAAAGACUUUAUUUAUAACUAUAGGUAGAUUUGUUUUGCAGCGAGGCAAUGACAUCCACUUUGUAACUCAACUACAACACAAAAGUACUCCAGGCUCAGCCAAUCAAAAGUAAUUCGAGAUAGGAUAUUAGGAAGUGGAAAGCAGAACCGAAUUCACAUGAAAUCAAUAGAAAACGAUAAACAACAUUUGCGGUACAAACGUGGCGUUUAUCGUCCACCCUCUUGGUUCCCGCUGGGUUUUCAGAGCUCAGUCCAAAAACGAUUCAAAGCCUGAAACUGGUUUGAUGCCCGGUGGAUGGGGACCCCUGCUACACAUAAUCCUUAGGCUAUGUUAUUAGUAUUCUAUAAACUCUUACACAGUCGGUCCAGAGCUGAGAGUGCAAAGACGGUGGGCGGGAAUCAAGUGGUGAGAUCUUUAUUCGAAUAUGACAGCUCAAAGCUUUCUGUUUUCUCUCUUUUUCUGCUGUUUGAGUUAAAACGUUGGACUGUGUUUGUGCUGCAGAGUCCCUCCACUACGCUCCAGCAGCGACUGACUAUUUGCUGUUUUAAAGGCGCAGCCGCUUUCUUCCAUAAAGUGUGUGCAAGUGAGUGUGAAAGAAUAAAGGUAAUGGCCAAAGAAAAGGCAUUAAAAGGCUGGCUGGCAGUAGGUUAGUGGGGCUUUCCUUGAGUUGGCAGCGGUAGUGAAAGAGAUUUAGUCCAACGUCGGUUAGAAAGAGAUUUACAGGUGGCUGAUCUUACUGUUUUUCUGUGGCGGCUAUCUUCUAAUAACGUCACGCUUAGGGUGGAAAGCCGGAAUAUUGUUUUCAUGUAUCAUUACUGUGUGAGCCGAAGAGUCAAUAACGCCAAUUGUCUGACAAACGGUGGUCAUUUCACAGCUCCGUGACUGAAGGGCAGCUGCAGAGACAGUAGACGGCUACAUUAGAGACAGCGGCUCAGAUUAUUAUUCAGCUAUUAUAUAAACACUCCAUACAGAAACCAAAAUCCUAAAUCUGAGCCGAAGACUCGACCCGUCAAUGCACAGCAAUAUCGAAUAUUAAACUCCCGCUCCUCCUGUGGGCGGGUGAUUCAUGUUGUACAAAGACCCCUCUGUUUUCUAAGUUAUAUUUUAGGGGAUUUCAUUACAGAGGAGAGGAAAGUGGACAGAGAAGGAGACGAGGGAGCGAGUGGGAGGGACGUCCACUGGCUAGGAUUGAGCCAAACUCUUGUAGCCCACUAGGCCAGCAGUACCUCAAAGGAGACUCUUCCUGACUAAUGACACAUUUUAAAAUGAUAAUAAUAAAAAUAAUCUUAAAGGAAUAUUCCAGCUGUGACCCUAUAUGUACUGUUGAUGAAGUUAGGUGCUGUUCUGAGCAUUAUUUGUGGCUAUAGAGUGGCGUUUUGGUUGAGGUUUGUUUAUGGCUCCUCAGACCGCUGUGUGUUGCUCUCCUGCGGUCGUUACUAAAGUUGGUAUAACUAGAGAAGCAAGCGGUCGGCAACAUUUAUCUCUCGAGGGGGUGUCUAACUUGGUGUUGUGGUGUGUUUGACCCUAAAUUAAUUCUACGCCGGAAUAUCUCUUUAAAAACAGGAAAGACUGAAUGCGUCAGAGCAGCAUGUCGCCGUUUUGCAUAGACUUCUUCAAACAUGGCCGAUCAAUGUUUCCUACUCACCUGUGCCACACUUCUCUCAUGAUUCUCUUUAUGCUAACACUAUCGAGAUCUCAAACUGUUAAGUAAGAGAUGUAGAAAAGUAAGAAACAGACGCAAGACAAAUUAAUACCAUCUUUGAAACGUUUGCGAUGCUAGCUGUUUGGCUAGGUUAGCCACUUGUUGCUAAGUGACAACAGUAUUGUAUCACAACACCGUCAUCAUAGUAGUAAUAGCAGACCUCGUGAGUUCGGCACAUCCAGACCAGUCACACAGACGAUAACAGAUGCUGCGUUUGAGUUACCUCGGAAGUCAGAUGUCGGAGCUGAAAAUGACGUCACACCCGAGUUACCAGCGUUUCAGUUACCAAGUCGGACAAAAGUUAAAUCGGAGGCGGAAACAAGAUGGCUACAUCUACGAAAGUUAUUUUAGCGGUUGCCUUCGCACCUCCGAUUUAUCGUUUUUCCGACUUGGUAACUGAAACGCUGGUAACUUGGGUGCGACAACAGCAUUGUAUCACAACACCGACGUCAUAGUCAUAAUGGCAGACCUUCUGAAUCCGGCACAUCCAGACAAUUUACACAGGCUAUGAUAAAGAUGCUGCGUUUAAGUUACCUCAGAAGUCAGAUGUCGGAGCUUAAAAUGAAGUCACACCCGAGUUACCAGCGUUUCAGUUACAAAGUCGGAAAAAAGCAAAAUCGGAGGCGGAAACAAGAUGGCUACGUCUACGAGUUAUCUACGAGUUAUUUUAGCGUUUGCCUUUUUUCCGACUUGGUAACUGAAACGCUGGUAACUUGGGUGUGACGUAAUUUUCAGCUCUGAUGUCUGACUUCCAACGUAACUCAAACGCAGCAAGAGCCCUUCAAAGACCGCAGACCCUGGACUGGGACUCGACUGAGCUGAAAACGAAUGAAGCGCUCCGGUUGAGAGCUGCAUUUUUAAAGAAAGGGUAAUUUAGUACUAAGCUUGACAAUUAAAAAUGUAAUAUCCCGGCAGUAUAAAAGAUGUUUUACAAAGCCUCAUUAAAGUGUCUGGUAAACAAUUUAAGGAACCUGUUUUGGAAAUUAAUCUCCUGCCUUCAACCCUUUAAUGUGAAUCAAAUAAUGACGAGGACAUGAGGGAGCGCAGCCUUAUUAGGAGUCAGACAUACAGCUCAGAUUUUAAAUCCACAAAAACAUCAUUUUCACUUAUUCCAUAAAAAAGAGAGUCAUUGAAGCCAUGAGGUGCUCACAAAAGGACAUGUCUGACUCAUGCAAUUAUGUUGGCGUUGGCUUUGUUCGUCAUUAAUGAUGUCCGGGGUCAUUUCUAACAUCUAAGCGUUCCUCUUUUCUGGCACCAUGGCGCUCUUAUCACGUUAUCGCCUCUGCGGAGCAUUUAUAUCUGACAGUUUUCGAACUUGAGCUUCUUCAAGGGCUGUUCAAUAACCUCAACAUUAUUGCUUAGAAGGCAGAAAAGAGAGGCCUCCUUCUCCUUGGCAAGCAAACGGUAUCGAACCGCCGAAUGAUUUUAUGACAAAAUCUCUUGCUCACAUUAAAUUCAAGAUUGGCGACAUAAAGAAAGCACAGAUGGUCAGGGAUCGGUGGAAGCGAGAAAGAAAAAAACAGUCAUGAGGCAGUGUGUACUGGAAGUGUGUGGUAACAUAAAGACAGUGCUUUGAAAACAGAGCAGCUUAAUGAGAAGAGACACCCGUGCUGAGCAUUAGGAGGGCGGGUAAAAGGAAAAGAGCCAGCAGCUCCGCUUAGUUCAUAGAUCAAGGAGAGAUAUUCAUCAAUAAGGGCGACGAACAGGCGUUACAAAGAUAAAGAGUCUGGAGGAGACGCUGAGAGAAACUCGUUGACUCGGGACUAUUCCUCAUGUGUGUUCGAUCUGAGCGAACUAUUUAAGGAAGGUCUUUAGGUGCUAAUGAGUGACAAGGACGGAGGAGAGUAUUUAGCAUGUAGAAGCGACUGAAAACUGAAGGUGGUGAUUCUUCUGCACAAAAAUACCGGCGAGUAAUCGACUUUUUUAAAGACUCAAGUCCGCACUCUGGUGAGCAGAUCUAUCUUUGGGGUGCUUCAUGUCAACAUGCGAACAAUGACAACAAAAGGGAGUAAAAUCAGUCCAGCGCAAAUUGAGGAAAUUAUGGAUCGUGAAGGUCUGCAGCUAUAGGGUACAACUUGUUUUUAAUAUCGGGACAGGAAGUAAGGGAAGGAAACACAACAAACCCCCACAAUGCCGACAACCUUUACCAUGUUUGCAUCAAGUGAGUGAUAUUAUUUGUGUUUGGUGUGAAUAGUGAAAGAAUGAGGGUCGAAGGUUAGUGGCGCUAGCUCACCAAACUAAUUUGAUAUAAUUUACCCCAAGACUCUGAGAAAUUGUGUUCAAGUUUGACUUUUUUUACAGGCGUUUUCUUACCUUUAGACGAGGGUGACCGUAUUCUGACUUCCCAAAAAGGGGACAUGACUAUGUGGGGGCGGAGUCAUGAAGUAGCACAAAGUUAAUUUUGAGAUUUUUUUGGGUCAGAUCGAGUGUCUUUACGCACUUCUAACUCAGUAAGUCCAUGUGACACAAACUGGAAACUUGCGUACAAAACCGCGGACAUUUGAAGGAUUUUAUAAACUUUCCUGGACAGCCCAGACAGCCCCCAAAAAGAGGACAUGUCCAGGUAAAAAAGGACGUAUGGUCACCCUACUUUAGACCAACUAUUAAGUCUAAAACUGGUUGUUUCAUCAGCGCAGGUAAACCCGAGAACCUUUUCCCUUAAACCCUCACCAAUCGUUUUUAAACUGGCUUCGCACUGAUGUUCAAUGGUAAAGAGUAAGACAUCCAUAGGCUGUAUAAAUCUUGGGUGCAGGUGUAGUGGCGUCCACCAUUGGUUUCUUCAAAGCCUUUCGAUAGCAGUCACCAUACUGAAAAUGCUAACUCAUCCUAGCUACGACAUGGCGAGAUGGAAGGAGGCGGAGUCAUGGUGGGAUUUUAGCCUCCUGACUGACUGUCUGACCUCUUUAUCUUCAAAAUUAACUCCUGUUAUUCAGACCACAACGAGUCUGUAAACAUGUCUGCAUUUGCUUCAAAGAUGGGCGUCUUUCCCACUGAGAAUAGACGGCUAUUAGACAUCUAGUUUCUUUUUAGACCUGAUUUCAACUAUCUAGAUUCUGUAUAUUUUUAGAUGGAAUUUAGAUGUUGCACUUUAAUCCAAUAUUCAAUAAUUAUUUAUUGCAAAAAACAACAGUGAUUUGCAUAACUGAUCUCCAAGUACUUAACCAAAAUAAUUAUGAUAGCCGUUGAGCAAAAAACAGUGUAGUAUAGAUAUAGACCAGAUUUAGACUCGGUCUAAAUUUCGAUGUCUAAAAGACUUUCAUUUAUAGACCCGUAGUAGCCUGAUUUUAGACCAGUCUAGGCUACAUUUAGACGUCUAUUAGACCUCUUUUAGGCCAAAAAUACUCAGUGGGUUAUCAGGCGUGUAUGUGACUUUUUUUACUUGAUAUAGUCCGUAAACAAUAGCCAACUACUCCAGAGUCAGGGAUCAUAAAAGUCACAGGAAAUCAUCACUUUUCAACCGAGAAUGAUGUGAGAUUUUGCUCCAGUUCGUCUGGUUUGUGCCGCAGAGUUAGAACGAGCUUUUAAGUGAUUUUGGCAGAAGUGAAAAGGUUAGGAGGUUAUCAUCAAUCCAUCAUGACUCGUUAUAUUAGAUAUUCCAGUUUGGAUCAAUGUAAUAGAUUGAUUUAAAGGACAGAAGUGCCAGACCGAUUCGACAACACACCAGCAGUCUGGCACCAGCUUCCCCCGGAGUCCUUGGACCGGCGUGGCUAAAACACGAUUAAUGCAGUACAGAUGACUGGCAUCAAAACAGCGUGUGUUCGUACAAGGACAAUCAAAGUGUCACUUCAUGCUUUUACCGCACUUGACAUUUCUGCUGUGGUCUCACAUUACAGCUGAACCUUCACACCCUUCAAACCGAAUCCCGAACAGUGUGCCUGAAUGUGCGAGGAGACGCUAAGACUGCAGCACUCUGUUGCUCUCGCACAGACGUGUUGAGAUUUGCCAAUCAGCGGGGUUCUCACCGAGCUCGUUCAGAGAGAUUAGGAGUCUGUGCGGCUUUAAUACUGCUCCUAAGAGCUGGCUAGGAACUCACAUGAGACUGAUAACAGGACUCUUUCAUUUCACUUGAGACUAUUACCUAAGUAAGUACUCAUGAAGGACUCUCUCCAUCCAAGCGAGAGCUGAUAUUUCAGCAGGUAGACACCGAGGGCUCGGAAAGUUUUCCUCAAAACUAAUUUAAGAGUGAAGAAAAUUCCUCACUCAGGGGAUCUUAGUGGGUCUAAAACCCAUCCAGACUUUGGCUGAGUGGGUGAAUUAUACCUCGUUUCUGGUUUGUUUUAAUUAACUGUCUAAACUGAUGAUGAUCUCUAAGCAGCUUAAACGACGUUUCUCGCGGAUGUUAUGAAAACUGCCAAGAGUCUAAUGAAUUCUGCUGUUUUUUUGGCGGGUGUAUCGCUGAGAUAAUCUGAUGAGGAGACAGUCGUAAUGUCUUUAAAACAACUUCAGGACUUGAAGCAAAGCCCGGUUUCCCUUUGUGGCUUCAGUAGCUCCGCUUUGACACCUGCUGCGCCUUCAACUUUUUGUCUCACCGUUCACGUGUGCAGCAGGGAAAUCUCAGAAGACACUUCCACCGUGUCAAUUAUGAUUAUACUUGAUAAACGACUUCGACUAAGCACUUAGAAUUUCAUCAGCAUCAUCUAUUGCAUAAAUAUGCUAAUUUAGAAAAUCAGGCUCACGUAAAUGUAAUAAGCAUGGAGCCUAGACCCAGUGGGGGGUACACUAGCUUAGCAUGAAGACUGGAGGCAGUAACUUUGAUAUGAUUUAACUUACCUUCGAUUAAAAGCAGAAAGCUGUCCUGACAGCGCCGACCUUUAAGGGGACGGUCCGAAAUACAGAACCUUAUUUCAGUGAAUUAGCUCUGAUGGACCAUCAGCUCAGAUUCGACCACCUGGUAGAACAAAAGAGGAAGUUUCAUGUAGAAGUUACACAACAUGAGUUUAUGAGUUGCGUGCACUGAAACGAAGCUGCUGUUGAUGUGAUAUAAUCUGUGAAAUCUGCUGCCACUUUUUAGUUACACCAGACCUUUAGAUACACUCAGGCAGUCAUCUCUGAACGCUCAUUUUAAGGUUUUUAUUACUCUUUAAAUAGAGUUUGCAAAACAUUGAAAGUAGAGCAAAGACAGCACAUAAAAAUAGAAUGUUUGGGACAAGAUUUGGGAGUUUUCUUGGUAAAAUGUUCUCCAUUUUUGCCUGAUAAAGGAUUUUACCUUCGUAAAAGUUUUGGGUUUCUUGAAUGUUUUCAAUCCGUUACAAAAGUCAGGACUCCAGUUUAGCACCAGGACUCUUCUACUUCAGAGCCAUGUUGUUGUAAAGUAGCAGAAUAUGGUUUGGCAUAUUCUUGCUAAAACACGAAGGUCUCUAAAAUACUUGAUCAGCUCACUCUGUGCCGUGAGCACAUUGAUUUUUAGCCGAAGUAACGAGUCUUAACAUCAUCUUUAUGUUUGGUUUCCUACUAAGAACUCGACUCAGAGGAUUUUAAGACCAUGCAGAGAUUCCUACUUCAGAGUCAUGAUCGGUUUUAAAGCUCUGCCGCCUGAGGGCCAUAAAAACACGUCCAUCAGGUAACAGUUUUUCAAACAGAGACGUCUCCAGAUUCUCUGACUCUUGUUGAGAUUUACUGUGGAUGAUGUAAUCUUUAAGUUUUAUGGGAAUCGUUGAUCUGAAAUUUUUGAACUAUUCGUGAUUAACUCCUUCUUCACUUCUCAGAGACCCAGCCUCUGUAAGAUGCUGCUGCCUGCUCAAGUAUUUAGCCGGGAGAUGUAAUUAUAGGUGUUAAUUUAACCCUUACUUAACUUUUCUUUAGUGUUUUGUCGAUUAUUUCUCAACUUUUUAAAAAUAUUUUCCCAAAGGCCGAAUUCAAAAUGAGCAAAUAUUUUCAGAAAACAACAGAGUCUUUUAUUUUUAACAAAUGUUGAAAUGUUGUGAUAUUUUUGAUUAUAUUAUUUUAUUAUUAUUUUUUUUUAUUAUUUAUUUUAUAUUGAAUGUAGGGUUUGCACAUUUUUUGGGGGGAACUUAAAGCAUCUGUGAAGAGUUUAUUUUUUAAAGAUAAUAAAAUGGACUAAAAUUCACAUUGGGGCAUUUUCUUGAUUUGCAAAAGCUAACAAAAACGUCCACAAUAAGAUAGAAGAUUUUAAUAUCCGGAUUUAAUAAGCUAUUUAGAAUAACUGAAAUAUUUGACUGUUGAAAGUCAGCAGGGUGAGAUUUUUUUGCGCCAAAUUCACAUAAACUGAAACUUCCUCACAGGGGGUUUAAAAAACUUGUUUCCUAAUUUCUAAAACUGUUAAACUCUCUGUUUUUAAAAAGAAUUGAAUAUAAUAGUUUUGACAGGUUUUCUGCUUUGCUCUGAGCUCUAAAACAAACAUUAUUCUUUUGUCUAUAAACGCGCCGUAUAAUGAGCCUGUAGUCCUCUUGAAUCCACCUCAAAACAAUGGUGCAAUUACCGAACAACAGCAGCAACACAAUGCAUUUCUCUGUCGGGCCAAAAAUGCAAAUAGAGAUGCUGCAUUAUUUUGCAUCGCAUUACUUUUCUUCAUGCCUAACGUGCGCUCCAGUCGGCUAGUUUACUGCUCCGGUGUUAUUACUUAUGGGAACAAGAGGCCACCAUAAAAUUUACAAUGUUGUUGUGAUUUUGUGAUGGGGUCAUGAAGGGAAACAGAUGAGAGUGAAUAUAUGAGUCUCUCUGCUUUGUGCUUGAGUGAAUGAGUGCUGCUCUGAACAUGAAUAAAGUAUAAAAGCGGCGGCAGAAUCCGAGCUGUAGGAUGAGCUGUCCUCUUAAUGUACACGACUCCGACUCAGAGCAUCAGCGCUGAUCGUAAAUGUGAAACUGACACACUCUCCCGCUCUUGCUCGGUGUGUGUUCCCACAGGAGACCAUCGACCUUGGGGAGAUCAUGUUCUCGCUUUGCUACCUGCCAACCGCCGGCAGACUCACGCUCACUGUCAUCAAGUGCAGGAACCUGAAAGCCAUGGACAUCACCGGAUACUCAGGUGUGUGUUUGUUUGUGUGCGUUUGUGUGUGAUCUGACAUGUGUUUGCGGGAUUUUCGUCCAGGUGCGGCGUCUCUGAACGCUCGAGUGCGUUUUGAAUAUUUAAUUGUAAGCGUUUCAGAUUAGGUGAACAAACAGCGAGAGCCUUCUGCACAGCUGCGCUCUGUUUGUCUCCGCAGUUAUUAAUAUUCUGUAUUAAGACACUGUCAGCAAACAGUUGCAGGCGGUUGUGUUUUUUCUUGGUAAUAGACCUCUGUUUAACUUUUCAAAUUCACUUUUCUGCGCCGCGCUGAAUGUGACAUUUAUUAGGAUGAAAUGCCAGAGUUCAGGUAAUUCAGAGUAAAUGUUGCAGAGGACUCCUCGUGUUUAAUGACAUUUCGGGUUUCUAAAUUUUCCCUUAAAGGCGUGGUUGACAAUUGGAGAAGCAGUUGAAAAAAACUGAGCCGUUGAGGCAGAUUUGGAAGACGCGUCCCGCCCCCUCCACACACACAAACCCCUCCCCUCUGUGCUCCACGACACACCCCCUCUGGCAGAGCAAGAACCCGGCCGGUAGAAGAUCCUACGCUAGCUUCAAAUAGGAUUCACCAUGUUGCACUGCGAGUGACCAGCAGCAGUAAACGCCAGCUCUGCUAGCGAGAACCGUCUGCAGCUGCCUGGACAGCUACUGUGUUGACAUUGAAGAGACUAACCCCCAAUUUUCACUGCGUCCAGAACGGUGGCGAUUUUAGACGUAAGCCAAUUCCUACGGAAUCCGUUUGUGUGGUGAAUUUCGUGGCAGAUUACGGAUACAGGAAUUGCGAGAACUCACAAGAACCCACAGAUUCACGUGCAACCACGCGACAACAAGUUGUCUUUAGCCACAGAGGCUAACCAUAUAAGCAGUAGAUUGUGUCCUUCCAGAGGAGGAAAUCUACUUCUAGACUUAUAAAGUCAGCAUCUCCUCAUCCAUGGCGUCAUGGUUGCGAUCAGCUGCGAUCUGCAGGUGGCCUUUUUGUAGCCGUUCCGGAUACAACGGAAACUGGGGGUAUUAAGAGUUAUGAAGAGUUCAGGCUCAAAUACUGCUCCACCGCUCGCAGGAUGACCCGAUGUUUAUUCAAGUUCGAUUCCUCGCUUGGUCACGUUUCCUCAUCGACUCCGCCCUUUCUUCUGUCGGCUCACAUUUUCUUCCCACUUUAGGCGGUGGGGCAAAUAGGAGUGUUUUUUUUUCGUCCUUCUCCAUCACAGCUCCUGUAGCUAAGCUGCUACGCUACUUUUAGUCGUUCAUACGUCCGAGGAGGGCCGGGAGAGUGGGAGGGGACAAGUCGGAAACACGGGAGAGGGGUGUGUGGAAUACAGCGAGGUGAUUGGAUGGAGAGGCAGAGCAGGAGAUUGACCAAUAUGAGCUGUCUGGGACGGGAUGAGUUUUUUUGUAGGAUGAGAGGGGAAAGUCCCGCCUGCUUCGCCUCUGAUUGGCUAGAAGAGCUAGAAACGUCGUCACACGCUCAAGCCAAACACUGUCGGCUCUGUACAUGGAACAGAACAUUUUCGCACUUCUGACUCUCCUAACCCGACAGACGAUGACGUUUCACAGCCAUAUGGAAUAACCAGUCAGAGCCCAGCACUUCUAGCCAAUCAUAGACGAAGGAGGGCGGGACCUUCCCCUAUCAUGUGACAAAAAAAAAAUUCACGUCCAGGACGGAUGGCUCCCAUUGGUCAAUGUUUUUGCAGCCCUGUAACCUGCUCGGGUGAACGAAUUAUUUUCAUUCUUUUGACCAUGAUCGCCAUAGAAACGAGGUUCAUAAUAAUUACCAAUCUCUCCAAUCGUCAAUCGCCUUUAAGUUUGAGCGUUUUUAGCCUCCUUCUGUUAUCCCAAAUCCACGCUUCAUAAACCUGCACCUAUCAAAUUGUCCCUUCAAGCGUGUUGUACUCUUGUUUGUGUUCGUUGAUUUUAAGGCGGCUCAAACAUGCGCCUCCGACGGCUGAAGAUUGAGAUCAGCAUUCAUUAGGAGGCUCUUUCAGUCUUGCCGUUGAAACUAUCCAGUCGCCCUCCUCAUCCUCUUUGUUUGUUCGAGGUGUUGACUCAUCCUCUUCCAUGCAUGUUACCCAUGCCAGCUCCUCCGGGGGGGGGCUUUCAUGCUCAAACAAAAAACCCCCAAAAAUGAAAACACACGCUCACACACUGGAUGAUGAAACGCCGCAUUGAUGGCUCUAUCUUUGCAGUCGGAGGAGACACGCUGGUGUGUUUUUGCAUAACCCUAGAAACCUGAUCCUCAUGUAAACGAACGUUCUUAGAUAAGAUAGAGAACUUGGAGAGCUUCCAAACGUUAUGUUAAUGUUUCUGCAGCAGUUUCUGUCCAGAUAAAGUCACUUUUUAUCCGCCCUUGUUCUUCUCCUUCACCGAUCAGAUCCGUACGUCAAAGUGUCGCUGAUAUGUGACGGGAGACGCCUGAAAAAGAAGAAGACGAGCAUAAAGAAGAACACUCUGAAUCCAACCUACAACGAGGCCAUCAUCUUCGACAUCCCGCCUGACAGCAUGGACCACGUCAGCCUGCACAUCUCCGUCAUGGACUACGAUCUGUACGUACCGACUGAAAUGUCACGAAUCACACCCUGACAGACCUCAAUUAGAAAAGCUGAAAAGUUUCUGAGUUUGUACGAUAUAAAGUCGUGAAUUAGUCGUCAAAGUGACUGAGAAACUAAAAGUUUAUUUAUUCUAUUCAGCACACAGCCUUGAGAUGAGACAACUUCACUUUCCUGUUGGGAUUCUGAUUUUAUCCGUUUUCGGUAAACUUACAAAACGAUCUGACUUACAAACUGCAAACACACAAAACAUUUACAGACAUUUACAGACAUUUACAGAGCGCUCAGAGUCACCACAGUCCACAUAAACCAUAAAUAAAGACAACAAGAUAAAAAAAACGUAGAAUUAGGAAACUUAUUUUAUAAACAGCUAGAAAUAAAAAGGAACAAAACAUGGGGUCACUGGUGUCUUCACGAUUGAGUCUACAGAUGAAGAAAAUCCAGAAUAAUCCAGAAUAAUCCAGAAUAAUCCAGCUCAAUCUCAGCAGAUGAGUGUCUAACAUCAGUCUGGUUCUGCUCGAGGUUUCUGCCUGUUAGAGGAAGUUCUUUUACUCCAUUUUAACUUGAUAAAUGCUGCAAAGAGCUUCAAUCUGAUCCCAUAUUUGGGUCUUUGUAUAUAAAGUCUGGUCUAGACCAGCUUUGUUUCAUUAAGCAUCUUAGGAUAACACUUGUUGUGAAUUGGGUUUGUAUAAAGAAAGAUUAAUCAGUUGAAAGAAGGUAAUAAUUUAAGACAUAAAAAAAACUAAACUCAAGGUCUAAUCAAAAAUUCAGUUUUUCUGAGUUUUCUUGUAAUUUUCUGUGUUUGGUGAAUCUUUUUAAUUUUUUCCCUUAAUUUCAGCUGAUUUUUGUCUAAAUUUUUAAUUUUUCCCUUUAAUUUUUUCUCUCAAACCUCCAAAUUAUAAGUGUUUUUUUUUUUUGUAAAUUUUCAGCUUUAAUAGAAGGAAAACAAACCUUGACUCGACAGGGUGCCUGCUUGGUCUAGGGGUUUGAUUACAUCCCCCGUGCACAGAUACUAAACAGUGCACCUUUUACGUAUUGUGGACUGUGCAAAGCAUUCUGGGACUCCUGGAAAUCUUUAAUUCGUAGCAAACAGUGGUAAACUGCAAAAGAAAUACUAAUUAUUCAGGUGUUGGUUUAAUUUGACAGAUAGUGAGGUGGCUGAAAUGGGCGGGCAUCUCUUGGCGUCCUGACUGCCUCCACACUAGGGGUGGGCGAUAAAUUAAUGUCCACGAUUAAUAUUUUCCAUCUCACGAUUAAUGAAAUAAACACAAGUUGAUGACGUUAAGGACUCGGAGCCCACACAGAGCAGAAUAACAAACAAACAUGGCCGAAGGUGGUGAAGAAGACGUCCCUGAGCAGCUUGUUGCUAAAUAAGACUCCUCAUGAGGGAUUUCCUUCCAGAUUGGGGUUUAGACGAGUGCAACCAGGUCUGCCUGACACUGGACAGUGGAUCUGCUGCUGCUGUUCACUCUGUGCAACAAGAGUUUUCAAUGAAAGUUGUUUCACACUUACAUGGUAGACUUCAUAGAUGCAAAGGUGCAAAAAUGAACUACACGAAGACAGAAUCAAGCUGGCAGCCUCUCGCAGGAUUUUAUUGUAGUUACGGCAUCAACCACAGCUCAUGAGAAUCAGACGGACAGCAGAAGUCAAACGAUCCCCCGAUCCCCCGAUCCCCAGAACUCUUUCCCUCUUAUACUAACCAAUGGCAUCAUUUAUCCUGUUUUCCCGUCAGCGGCCUUCACAUCGGUGUCUGAUAGCCAACAACGUGACUUCUUCUGUGAACAUGCUUUGCUUGCUGGCCGGCUCUGCCAAAUUUCCUCCAACCAUUAUUUCAUGUGUGUCAAUAUCACCGUGACCUGACCUCUCUGGCCGUAUCCUGCAUCCAGUUUUCUAAAAACAUGUCUAUUAUUCGCUCCCACUGUGGUUAAUUAUCUUAUUUGACUAUUCUAACUGGUGUCCUUAAGACAAAAUGAGUCAAAAACAUAAAAAGGAAGUAUAAUAUUUUUUACUUUUUGAUCGUCAUCGCCAAAAUUGCAAAACUUAUCGUGAUCAAUUUUUUUGCCCAUAUCGCCCAUCCCUAAUCCACACUGAUAGUCCUCGAACCCGAGCCUUUUGCAGCAUCAUUUCCACUCUCAGUAAAAGCCUAGAGAUAAACUCACAUGUCCCUGCAACCCAGCGUUUUUCAGCUUCACAGUAUUUACAUAUAAAGGAGUCGGGGGUUUCAGCCAGGAGGAUAAAUGUUGCCUCAGCAGUUUAUGAGACAGAAAAGAUUAAAUCUGUUGUUUUCAAUAGGAGUUUUUCAUACGGAGGAUUUGCACCAAACAACCUCUUUGUUUACUGAGCAUGAGAGGCUGAAAGUGAAUGUGGUGCAAACAGCUGACGGGAAGAAAACACAGGUGUCAAAGGUCGGGAAGAGAGCGGAACAAAAACAGAGAGAGCUGCUGCUUGGACUUCAGUCGAGUCUGCUCCUGUUCGAUGCUUCGGUUUGGCCUCUGUAUUAAAUCGUUAAUUAUGUAAAAGGAUCAAUCCUCCAGUCAUCAUUCAUAACGCAGCAGAGACGUCCUCUGACGGGCGUCCACAGAUGAGUCAAUCGUUGAGUCACGGAGACGGACAGCUGCGGAGACGGCGUAUCAAUCGACAGGACGUCCAGAUUCAGAUGUGUGUCUCCUCCAAUUACACAACGCCCUUCCUCCAAUUAUACACAACAGUUUGAUGUAUGAGAUGUCUUGUCAGGUUGAGUCACAUGUAUUUAUACAGCGCAUGUGUGUGUGUGUGUGUCCCCACAGGGUAGGUCACAAUGAGAUCAUCGGUGUGAUGAGGGUUGGGUGUCACGCUGAAGGACUUGGAAGGGACCACUGGAACGAGAUGCUGGCUUACCCCAGGAAGCCUAUUGCACACUGGCACCCCCUGCUGGAGUCUAAGAAGUCAGAGAAGGAGGUAAACCGGAGUUUUUCUGGAUGUGUUUGUCGUCUGUUAUGCAGAGGAAAGCGUCUCGGCAGGUGUUUGAAAUCAUGUGAAGGGGCUAGUUAAGAAAAACACAUGCAGGUGCUCUCCAGAUAGCAGGAUGUUAUUGAAGCUCGCUCACCAGACUCUGAAAUUAAAUUAUCACCACAUCAGCCGCCCAGCUGAAAAAAAAAACAGCUAAAAGGGUUUUUUUCUCCAAUUUACUCUGUUUGUCUGACACUUCAAAUACUCAGUCAGCUCUUCUUUGCAGGAAAUAAAAGUGAAAUUAUCACAGACUCAGGAUUUGCUGCCAAAAUGACACCACCAUCGAUGCGCCAUGGUGCAAAACAUCCUGUUAUACUUACCACUUUAUUAGGGUUAUCAGUGCUUUUUAUAAAUCACAGCAAACUCACAUUGAAGAGUUAUUUGAUAAAUAUUAAAAUCCGCUAUAGUAGGUAGAGGUGGAAUAAAAUAUUAAUACAUCAGUUUCUCUUUGUCCUGACUCACACAGUAUCAUCAGCAUAUUUCUGAAUACGCUCUAUCAUUUUAUCGCAGUUUAUUAAUUAUUGAGGAGUCGCUGCAUCAUGGUAUUAUGUUACCGUAAUUCAUAAUCAUGAGAUAUCCCUCAUUUCCCAUUAUUUAUAUAUUGUCUGCAUUAAAAAAGAAUGCCAACACUAAUAUUUGACUUCAACGUGAAUCAACACAUAAAGUCUAAUUUGAUUUUUAAGAAUUAAUAAUAAUAAUGUUUAGAUAAUACCAUGAAUAAGAAUUUUAAAGCUUCAGUGAGGAUUUUUUUUGGCUCAGCUGUUUAGAGAAUUAUUUUGGCUUUUCUUGUCCUUUAAAUGCUUAGGUCGUGUCUUCAUCCAAAAGUUCAUCACUCCAGGUUUAAGCAUCAAAAACUCAAAUACAAAACUCUCACUUUUGUGGUCUCAUUUACUUUUGUGUAAUAUAAAAAAGUCUAUUUCAUUCAUAUCUGAAAACUCCUCUCUGGAGCUUUAAGUAUGUUAAUUUAACUCUAAUAAGUCUGAAUGAGACUUACCUAAAAUUCCCAUUCUUAAAGCACCAGUGAGGAACUUUUUGCUUGUGUUGACAUUGGCGCCCCCUGUGGACAAAGUGUUACCUCUUAUCAAUUGUCCCGUACAUGUUAAACUAGUGUGUACAAACAAAAACCUCAUCCUGUUGUCUUGUUGCGAUGACAUUUAUCACUCACUGUGAUUUUAAAAAGUCCAAAAAGGCUGUUUUUUUUUUCAACCUGCUGUCAGUCAUCUGACCUUUAACAGCAUUUUUAAGCACUUUAGAAUAACUGCAGUGAAAUGAUCAGACUUUGACUGAAACUGGAACUGAUCACCAACUAAAAAUUCCUCACUGUGCCUUUAAUAUCAAGCUACCAUAGGAGAAACUAAAUCAGUCAUUCCUUUAAGGGUCCUUUAGCUUGAUUAUUAUAAUUAUACGUUUGCAACUGUUCACCACAAUUAUACUGUAAGACUGAAAAUCCUAAAGAGCAUCAUGUGGCAAAUCACUGACUAAAGAAAUGAGUGUAAGUUUAAAACUUAAUGGCCUCAAUCUUGUGAUAUUAAUGACUUUAUUCUUGAAAUCUUAGUAUUUUUAAUCUUAAAGGAACCCUAAUUCUUCAGGGUAUGAAGGAGCUCUUAAAAUCUGAGGUUUAGAAACACGGGUCAGGUUUUAGCUAACAGUUUGGCUUACCUUUGGAAUCCACGGCAACAGACGUCUGUAACAUUAGAGGUGUAAUGAUAGAUAGAUAGAUAGAUAGAUAGAUAGAUAGAUAGAUAGAUAGAUAGAUAGAUAGAAAGAUAGAUAGAUAGAUAGAUAGAUAGAUGGACAUAGGUAUAGAUAGAUAGAUUGAUAGAUUGAUAGAUGGACAUAGGUAUAGAUAGAUAGAUAGAUAGAUAGAUAGAUAGAUAGAUAGAUAGAUAGAUAGAUAGAUAGAUAGAUAGAUAGAUAAUUCAUCCCAGAGGGACACAGUACACAUCCUACGAAUACAAAUACUGUGACAAUACCCACACUAACUAAAGAAUAAAUAAAAACAGUCUAUUAACAUGACCAUAAGGCAGAAGUGAUGAAUAAUUUAUAUAAACAUACAGGAAUAAUGAAUAAUUUAUAUAAAGAGUUGUUUGUCUUUUAUUCAUAGAGCCCCUCUAAAUACAUACAUAGAUGUCCCCUGUGUUAACACUAAGUUAAGAGUCGAAUGCAGACUUCUAUAUAUACAGAUAUAUAUAAAAAAGAAGCAGCAUGUGUGUGUUAUGAAUCACUUCCUUGUGUGUGUGUGUGUGUGUGUGUGUGUGUGCCCUGCAGUGGAAGGCGAGGACAGCCAGCUUUGACAGCCAAGGUUCCUGCCCCUCACCCCGGCCCCCUGCCAGUCCCUGA